AUGGCGGCGGCGGCGGCAGCAGCGACGACACCCCCCGCGCACUGGAGCCGCUUCGAGCAGGAGCAAGACGUGACGUUGCGGGAGCUGAUCCGGAGGGUAACCGGCCUGAGCGGGCAAAGCAAGGAAGAGGCGGCCCACUUCCAGGCGGCGCUGAACUUCUCCUGGUCCAACUUCAGGUCCGUUACCUGGGGGGCGUGGCGUGGCUCGUGCCCAGAGCGGCGGCGGGUGGGGGGGGCAGUAGGGAGACGGGAGAGGCGCGCGACCACUUUUACCUGUGACCGGUUAGAAGUCUCCGCCUUGGCCUCCAUUGGGCACCUAUGUGGGUUAAGGAAGGGGGGGGUGGAAGAGAGCCCCAUCCUGGCCAGUGACCGCAGUAGAGGAAUGGGUUGAUGGGUGGGAUCCAGGCUUAGUCACGCUUCAGAGAAGGCCCACUGGUUUCAUUGGGUUUACCGCCCCCCAAGUCUGGCUAAGACUGGAUCCAGCCCCGAGUUGUUUAGUACAUUUGUAGCCAACCUUCCUAAUACCUUCCAACAUAUCUCCGAUGAAAAUAGGGAUGUCCUAUUCCAUAAUAAUAAUAAUAAUACUAUUCUAUGACAUCCUUUGACUUUUUAAAAUGUGGCUCUUUUUUGGAGAGGGGUGUUAUUGGGGGUUGUUUUUAUUUUGAUUAUACUGUGUAUAUAUAUAUAGUGGUUUUAUAUUUCUAUUUUGUUCUGUAAACCACCGUGAGACCUCCGGGUAUAGGAGGGUGUAUAAAUUCAUUCAUUCAAUCCAUCAGUCCAUCCAUCCAUCAGGGUACAGGGCAGUAUAUACAUUCAUUCAUUCAUUCAAUAAUAAAUAAAUAAAUAAAAUAAAAUAAUAAACUUUUAUUAUUUACCCCACCCAACUGACUAGGUUUCCCCAGCCACGCUGGGCAACUUGCAACAUAUAUAAAAACAUAAUAAAACAUGAAAUGUUAAAAAAAAACAUCCCUAAACAGGUCUGCCCUCGAGUGUCUUCUAAAGGUUGUAUAGUGACUUAUCUACUUGGCUCACGUAACUCCGUGCCCUCCAUUUCUUUAAUGAAAAUAGGGAUGUCCUAAGGAAAAGCGGAACCUUCGUGGAUCAAAUCAGAAACUGGGAUGGCUUCUGUAAAUCCAGGACUGUGCCUGGAUAAUAGGGGCACUUGGAGGGUCCGGUGUUAUAUGGUCUCGGUAGCCACUUCCAGUCACCAGUCUAGCUGCUGCCUUCUGGAUUAGUUGUAGUUUCCAGGUCACCUUCAAAGGUAGCCCCACGUAGAGCGCAUUGCAGUAGUCCAAGGCAGGAGAUAACUAGAGCAUGCACCACAAUACUGAGACAAUACUGAGCUAAAUAGACCAAUGUUCUAACUACUUAAUGCAGCUUCCUAUGCUGCUGUAUAAGUGCAUAUAAAAUUUUUACUUUUCUUCUAGAAGUGGAAUGUAGCUUAGUAGUAGAACAUCUGAUUUUUAUUCACAAGAUCCUAGUUAAGAAUGGGAAUGUCCCUUUCUGAAACCUAGGGGAGUUGCUUCUGGUCAUUGUAGACAAUACUGACUUGGAUAUGCGGGGGUCUGACUUUGUAUAAGGCAGCUUCCUGCACUCUUAGAAUUCAACUCCUGUUAACUGCAGCCACCAUGGUCAAUGGUUAGGAAUAGUGGCAUUUCACUUCCAAUUCAUGCUUGAGAGAUAGAAAAAAUUCAGGCUGUGAAUGCCAUAGCUUCUGUAGCUAAAACUCCACCACUCACUUACAAGAGAGGGGUAUCAAAAGGCACAAGGUUUGCAGACAUAAAAAAAUCAUUAGAAAUUAAACACUAAGGGGGAACCCAAAAAAUUAAUCUAUUGAGGACUGGGCAUGAUCACUGGUCGUGGAAUGCUAACUGAAAGGGGUGGGGAGAAAGGAAAAAUCUGGGUGGAAUGAGCAGCAGAAUGGAGUAUCCUAGAAAAGGGGCUGGCUGGCUGGCUGGAAUAGUCAACAGGAGUCCUCCACACUGCAACAUUUUGUUGCAAGUCUUACUUGCAUAUUCUACAGCAAAACUUUUGAAAAAUUAAACUAUGUGGUGCAAUAGAUAUUUUAUUAUUUUUCUUUAGGUUUCAUCAAUUUCUUGAUGUCAGCCAGCACAAAGUGGACAAAAUAAUAGAGGGGUAAGGCAUUUCUAUUUUUAUGACAUUGGAUUAGUUGUUUUCUGUUGACAGAUUUACUUAUAAGCACUGAACUUUUUGAUACAGGAUUUAUGAAAAGCUGAUAGUUCAUUCAGACCUUGUUAAAGCUGCAAGCUGGAAGAGUUUAACAGAAGAGUUUCUGAAUUCUCCGCUUCCAACCACUGAAGGAACAAAGGUAUGCAGUUUAGAAAACAGAUUUCAGUUGUGUUGUAUUCUUUCUUUCUAAAUAAGGAACAUACCAUGGAGAAUAAGUAGUCUUUAUUUACAGAGUUCUUAUAGUUCUAAUUUCCUGUUCUAACUUAACUGUAUUAACUGCUUCAUAAUAGAUAUCCUAGCUUUUAUAUAUAUAAUUUACUUAUUAAUUUAUCAACACAGCAAACAUUUUGUGCUUAGCAGCAUUUUAAAUAUCUGUACUAAGAACUUGAAUUGUUCAAACAGUUGGAGAUUUACCAUGAAGGCAGUAAAUUCCAGUUUUAGUAAUGUUUCUCUGACCAAUUUGUGCAGAUUAAAAGCUAUUAUUAUGAAAUACGGACUUCAGCUAAUUGAAAUGCACUGUUAUGUAGCCUAGUGUCUUGUUUUUCAUGUGAUUCUGCAUCGUGAUCCUUUUACUGCUGUAUUGAGAUGUGUGAUAAACUGAAGCUUUUAUUUUGCAUUUCUAAAUAUAUCGUUGUACUAGAAGUCCAGUCUAUUCAUUUCCAUAACUAUUGACAAAUACAUUUCCUCCACUGAAUUAUUUGUUUGUCUUCUGUUUAAGACAGAUGCCCAUUAUGCCAUACUCUCUCUUCUGUUGUGCUUGUCUGAUUCUCCUUCCAACACCAGUUAUGCAGAAAAACCAAGAGAGAAAGAAGUGGGUAGGUUUUAAUAUAUUACACGUAAUUCAGGAACCAAAUGGGAAAACUGAAUGUUUCAUCCCUUUUGAAACCUUUAUAUAAUAUGAUUGUUAAUCUCAUACAAUUCCUUUUUAUUUGUGAGUUAUUAGUAUUAGAUUGUCCAUGUAUAUUGAAAUAUAAUAAUGUAUAAUAAAUAAUGUAUACUAUUAUUUAGCAUUUCCAUAUCUCUCUGCACUGUAGUAGUUCAGACUACUUACAUAGUUGUCAUAUUCUUGGAAGAAAUGGGAUUAUUUAUUUGAUUUCUUACCUGUCUGCCAUUCUAAGAGGUCACUUGAGCCUUCAGUGACAAUGUUGGAUCCAGGAAUAUCCCAAAACUACAGACCUGCUUUUUUUUUAAUCUAGAAAAAGAAGAAUUUGAUUGGAGGAAAUACUUGAUGGAAGGUGAAGAAUUUGACUAUGGUCCUGAUUUAGAAACACCAGUAAGUAAUACAUAGAACUGCAUUAUAAAGUCACAGGAUACAUUGGAAAACUGGGGAACUAUUUCUGCAGACCAUAGUCUUCUGUAAAUCUAUCUGCUUUUUAAAAUUUUUAUUAUGACUUACUAAAUUUCUUGAUGGCCCUUCACCUGAGGAUCACAGUGUGUUUUAUAAUAUAAAAAUACAUAGUAACAAACAAAAACAACUCCCCCCCCCUUAAAAAGACCAUGGAUUGUUUAAUUAGCCAAAGGUCUGGGAGAAGAGGAAUGUUUUUGCUUGGCACCUAAAGUACACAACGAAUGUGCCAGUCGAGCCUCUCUGGGGAGAGCAUUCCAUUAUUAUGCUCCGCUCAUAAGCUUUUCUGUGGCAUUUGUCAGGCCAGUGUUGGAAGAAGAGUGCCAAGCUAGAUAGAUUUUUUAAUCUAAAUUAAUGAGGCAGUGAUUAUGCUUUUAGGGUGUUUGGUGAUGGAACUUGUGAAGAAAGGCAUUGUUAAUAGGUUGAAGGGGGAUCUGAUUUAGCUGUUAAGACAUACGGUAAUACAACAAAAUGUUCAUUUUAUUUUGUAAAAAUGCAUUGUAAGGUUCCCACCUGUCUUGAAUUAAAAUACACUUUGUAUGCUUAUGUUUUACAGGAGUGGUCUGACGUAAGUGAUGAUGAUGAAGAUACUGAACCACUGAGUAGAGAAGACUCUGGCAUUCAGGUGGACAGGACACCCCAAGAAGAUCAGGAUCAAAACAAGAAGUCAUCACAGGUCACAUGGAAAGGUUUGUUCUUCAAGACUUGCUUCAUUUGGCUAGAGUUUUUGCCUUUUGUGAAGCAUAUUGCUGUCAUGUGCCUAAUUGCUUUGAACUUUAUGAAAGUUUGUAUAGUUAGUAUUGAAACUUGAGCUGGCAAGUCUCAAUACUCCACAAAGCAGGAAAACUAGAGUUUGUGUUUUGGCAACAAACCAUGAUGUUUGGUGCCUCUCUUUGGUUGAACUCCAUAGUAGGAGGGGCCCUCAGUUACGCUAUGGCCAAAUUCCCUUUUGAGAGAGUUGCUAGGCACCAAGGCACUAUGAGGUUGGGUCCAGCGUGCCAUUGGACACUUCCCCCUCUAAUAUGCUCUUGCCGCUACAUGCUUGUAUUUUAUUUUCAGGCAGUUUCAUAGUAGGAGAGUUGUUAGGCUCUUGCUCAGUAUAGAAGAGAUGCCGUUUUUGAGUCCAGCUUCCUGGUCAACCAAUAAUCUUAGUGACCAUGGGUCUAAAUUUUUUUCCUGCUUCUGGAAACAUCUGUUUCUGGUUUGUGAAUUUUCAAAUUGACACCUAUUUCAGUUUGCCUUAUUGCUCCUGAGAUUUAGGAUACUGUAAACUUACCGGAGAUGAAACCCUGUUAAACUCAGUGGGGCAUUAUUCCCCAUAGACAUGUUAGGAUUGCUCUUGUUAUUUACAUUAUAAAGUUUUCUCUUCUAUGUAAAUGGAAACUGGAGUGAAAUAUCUUGUAUGCAGGUGAACCUGAUGCACGUACCUGGCUAGAGCAACAUGUAGUUGCUCAAUACUGGACUGGCAGAGGAGUUCGUUUUCCCCAUAGUUUGCAUUUUCAUUCCAAUUUAGCGGCUGUAUGGUAAGUAGUUAAUUUUGUGUUGGGAGGAUAUAAUUUAUGAUCAGCAGACUACUACAUUACAAUAAUUUCUAAAAACCCUGUUGCAGAUGCCAUUGCAUGCUAUGAAAUGCUAUAUUGGGUUGAUUCCUGCCCUACACUCCCCUCUCUGGUUAUUUUGUAUAUAUGUGUACUAUUGAUAAAACUGAAUUUAAUAUGCAUGAAGAAAUGCUUAGAUUUCUGAAACUGUCAUGAAUAUCUCUGAUGGAUUACAAAACAUCUUGGGCCUCUGUUAUUCUUAUGUCAUAAUGGUGUCAGAAAUGAUGUAUGCAGUUUGCAAUUUAAGCAUAGCAUGCAACUCUUGACAGGAAGUGAUGCAUUUAAAAUAUUCAAAGAGCUUUUCAAGCUAGAAACAGAGUAGUUCAUAUGCAUUAAAAAUAGAAAUAACGCAGAAAUGAUUCAUUUGAUUCCCUAAGUACAUUGGAUCUGCAGGAGAGGAGCAAAUAAAAGGAAUAAUAUUUGAUACUGGUUACCAGCAAGUUUGGUUGUAAAAAGUAAUGAUGAUUUUUUCCUUCUAGGGAGCAGCACUUAUAUACUAGUGAUCCCUUGUACAUGCCGGAAGAAAAAAUCAUUGUUACUGAAACACAAGUCAUUCGUGAAACAAUUUGGUAAGUAGCAGGACUAAAGAAAUUACCACUUGAAAUCUGUUUAAUGUUCUUUCAUGGAAUACUCUCAACAUUCAGACUCAUGUGGUUAUGCUAUUCCUUUACUUCAAUGCCAUCACUCAUAAUGACAAUUCUGGUAUUGCAAUAGCUUUAGAAGGAGCAGCUUUAGAAGGAAUUUAAUGCUUUGCAUUGCUCUUGAAAUACAGUAAUUCUAAAUGUUAUCUUAAAAGACCUUGCUACCUUUCUUGUGUAAAUUUAAUUCAUUUUAGCAUGCCUCUUGUCAGUGAGAGAUACAAUGAAAAUUGUGUUACUCAAAAUCAAGCUGUUUCCCCCUCAAGCAUUAACAAUAUGAAUUUGAAAAAUAAGCACCUUCUUAAUGCAGUCUGCAAAUCAUUUUCUUGUGAUGUACUCUGUAAAGUUGAGCCCGCUUUAUGAAAAGUUGAUGGAGAAAAUUACCACAAUUUCCCCAAACUAUUACAAAACUACUUAUCCAUGCCACCAUUUCACCAACACAUAGAUCUAAUCCAAAGGUAUGUCCAAAUCAGUCAAACUUGUAAGACCUAAUAUUUGUCUGGGGUCCUUUUGAAUAUAUCCUAUAUUUUGUAUAUAUAAUGAUGUUUCUGCAGUCUUAAAAAAUUGUACUGUGUGUUGUACUAUGUUUUGUACAUGCUAAGUCAGUUCUUAUUUUUACAGGCUGCUUUCAGGCGUAAAAAAUCUGUUUAUAUUUCAACUGAAUGAUGGAAAGAUUACUGUGAGAAAUGACAUCAUGGUGACUCAUUUGACCCACGUAAGUUCACUGAUCAAUCUAGAUCAGUAAUCAAGGUGCAAAGAAAGCCUUAUAUUGGCACAUGGAAGAAGGAUUGCUUGCAAAAGAUGAUAUCUUACCCUCUGAGUUUUCUAUAUUGGAGUGUUAAUACUAAAGACGAAACGAAACCACAUUUGUUUUGCAGAACUCGUUAAGAUCAAUGUUGGAGCGGAUAGCAGCAUAUGGGCAAGUUGUAUUUAGGCUGCAGAAGUUUAUUGAUGAAAUAAUGGGUCACAGCUCAGAAAGUGGAAUACAUGGAAUCAUUUCUACUCCCAAGAAAUCGGCAGAAGCCGCAUUUAGAACCUAUCAAGCUUUCAUGAGAGCCCUCUAUAAAUAUUUCAUAAGUUUCAAAGAGGAACUUACCGAAAUUGAGAGGAGCAUAAUCAACAAAGGUAGUAUACUUUGGAUUAUAGUUGAAGAGUUUCUAUAAGUCUUAAUCUGUUGUGAAAGUAUAAGAUGUGAACUAAUAACCACGCAUUAUGAAACAUGACUGUAUUUCUGUUCUACAGAUGCAACAAUCACUCUUUCCAUAGUCAUGGAUAAGUUAUCACAUCGAUUAGCUCAGCUCAAUAUACUUCAUAAGGUUUUUAGCACUGGAGUAGCAGAAGUACCUCCUGACACUCGCAAUGUUGUAAGAGCAUCUCAUUUGCUCAAUACCCUGUACAAAGCGAUUCUUGACUACGAUAACGUUGGGGAAGCCUCUGAACAAACGGUAUGUAGAAGGUGUUCAUCAUGAUUUCUGUAAGAGAAAAAUAAGUUAUUACUUCAGUCAACUGAUGACUAGACAUAAAUUAUAAAUACUUUAAUAUACAAGUGGCAGUUGUAGUGUCUUCCUAUGCUCAGACAAUAUGUUCUGCAAAACUAUAAAUGUUUGUACAGCUGAUUGUGAUAGUUAGGAUUUGAAAUUCAUUGUAUGCCGUUUACAAAAAAGAUAAAGUGCUUCCUAUGUGUGCAUAUCGUUUUCCUUGACUGUAUACUGUAAACACAUUGGAGAGGCUAUAUAUGCUUUACUAGUGAAUUCAUGAAAUAUUUAUAAAUCACCCAAUAAUCCUCUUUAAAAUUUCAUUGCAGGUAUCCCUCUUGUUUUCUCUCUGGGUUGAAACAGUGAGGCCAUAUUUACAGACAGUGGACGAGUGGAUUGUCCACGGUAACUUAUUUGAUCCUGCAAAAGAAUUUAUUAUUCAGAGGUAGGGAUAAUGAACUUGUCUUUUGGAUAUACUGGUGUUUCUUAGGGCAGAGAACACUUCCUAUAUGGCAGUAUCUGAACCCAAAAGCAGUACUGCACAUGUAAGAGACUUUCCCCCCUUGCUAACUACCAGCUUCCUGUGCAGUCAUAGGGUUUCGUCUCCCUUGACCAUAAGAGACUCCAUGUAUAAAUGUAGCUGACUUGUAAUCUUCAUCUUCUGCAAGGCUGAGACAGACCAGGACAAUUGAGUUAACAUGGGUGAUUGUAAUUAAUAAAAUGACAAGCAAGCUAUAUCUAGGAUAAAUGUUUUAAUGAAAAAUAUUAUAGCAGUGCAGCUGGGCUGUGAUAUGCACCUUGUAUUGGAACUUAGUUUAAUUUUGUGAGAAUAUUAUUCACUGAAUGUUAAUUGUAGAAAGUGAGCUUGGGAUUUUUAAAUCAUGAAUAUGUGGGUUGAAGGAAACUCAAAGGCAUGUUUGCUACAAGAGCUUAUGCUUGCAGUUCCUUUUUUUCAGUGUUCCUGCUUAAGACAUUUGUAAUGCCAUGGCUAGUUUGUGCUUUAUAACAUCAUUUAACUACUGUUACGUGUUCGGUAAAGCCUUGGCACAGAUAUGUGUUGCAAGAUAUAAGAGCCUUAUCCUGUUGAUCUGUAAAUCCUAGUUCUAAAAACUUAGUAUUUUCUCAAUCAGAAUGUUUGUAUUACCGUUCUGAGAGUUCAAAGCUGUUUCUGUGGAUUCUGAACCUUAACAAGACCCCCAAAAUAUUUAAUCUUGUGGUUGAAUGUUUAUCUUCAACGUGAUCACCUGCUUCAGGCUAUUUUCAAUCAUUGUCAUGAUAUAAAGAAUUAGGAAGUGUUAUAGUUUCCUAUGGAAGAACUAAUGAUCGCAUGUCUGUCUUUGCAGAAACAAAAACGUUCCAGUUAACCAUAGGGAUUUCUGGUAUGCUACCUACACUUUGUAUAGUGUGUCGGAAAAGACAGAGAAUGAAGAAAAAAUGAGUGAUAAUGCUAGUGCCAGUUCUGGCAGUGAUCAGGCACCCUCAAGUAGACAGCAUACCAUGGUCUCUUUUCUGAAACCUGUACUAAAACAGAUCAUUAUGGCUGGAAAGUCCAUGCAGUUGUUGAAGAACUUGCAGUGCACAGAUGGUUCUCCACAGCAGGCUGCAUCAAGAGGUGAUAAAAUCCUAUUUUACUGUGUAAAUGUUAUUAUUAUUCCUGGUUUUAGUGGCAUGCAGCACUUCAUAUUUCAUGUGAAAAUGCAGCCCACAUAGUAAUGAAAUAGCAAUGAAAAAAUAGUUUUGGCAUAUUGGUAGGUAUUUAGCAUUUCAGAUAUAGGUCCCUCUAUUUCCCACUGAAUUUUACUCCUUUAAUUGUUAAAAAUCUUAAAAAUCAAUUAUUAGACUACUGAUAGAUUAUAUUAGAAUUUAAAUGAUUUUUCAUUAUUGUUAAUUUUUAGCCAGCCCAGAAAAUAUUAUCAUAACAGUGUAAAAUACCAAGAUAAAUGCUAUUUUCUGGUAUCCAUUUUCUUUUUUCCUUAGAGGAUGUUUUAUAAACCUAACUUUUCCAUUUUGUGGAGGCAAGUGUUUGUUUAAAUUGCCAUCACCACCUGAUUGUUUUCAUGUGAAACUUUUAUCUUGUGAAAAUAUCCCAGUGUGCAUUGCGCAGUCAAACUUCUGUGGUUUUAAUCAUAAGACUCAAGUGCGCUGUCAAACAUGCACCAGCGGGUCUACUCUGACAGAUGGACUAUUGUUUCUUUAUUGAACAUUACUGGAGCAUUAGAAGCAAUAAGGAGUGCAAGUGUUAUGUGUUAAAUAGGCUUACAGUGUUUGAGAAUCCUACCUUAAAGCACCUCCCAUUUUUUUUUUCUGAACUCAGUUCAGAGAUAAAAAUAGUUCAUUUUUUCUUUUUCUUUCUUUUUUAUUGUGGCUUACAACAAACAGCUAUUUCUGAGAAGUAAGUAAUAACCUACCAUACAUAUCUCUGUCCUAUUCAGAUGCAGAGAGGAAGAGCUUGUACACAUUAUUUCUGGAGUCUGUGCAGUCACGCCUACGGCACGGGGAGGAACCUGUUCAAGAUAUCAUUACAGAACAGCAGGCCACCAAGCAAAGUCUAAUAAAGAUGCAGUCUAUUGCAGCAAGACACUUAGAGCUGGAUGAUGUUCACGAUCCCUUGCUGGCUAUUAAUUUUGCAAGGUAAUAGAAGAGAUUCAAAAUAAUUGAUUCUCCCUACUGUGUCACUGUCCAAAGUCAGAUUCUACCAAGCACAUAUUGGGGAAUUCCUUCUGUUCAGGCAGCUGGUGUGUGACUUGGAAUCCAAGUUGCUGAGAAGCGGCUUGUCACACUAGCCUUCAGAAGCCAUACAUCAUUACUCUUUAUUGCCUUAGGCACUGGCCACAGCAGUUGUCAGGAUCUAUAGUGUAAAAACACAGCAGCAAAACCUGUUGCUGAUUUUAGGUAGGUAUGUUCCCUCUUAGAGAUACGCUGUGUCUGAGGAAGUACAGGACGAGUUGGUUAGAUUGUGUGUCUGUUUUCCGGUUUGUGAGAGAAUCAUGAGAGUCUGGGGGUGAGGAAGAGGGGAAAUAGUCACAAAUUCCUGAAAAAUAUGAAUCUGUCAAAGCCCAGUUAUAAUGUUGCGCCUUGUAGCUUGUUUUUAAUGAUAUGUUUUGCUUAUCAUGAACCCAAAGAUUACUGUUCAUAGAAAUAAACUACUGUGGUACCUUGGUUCUUGAACGGCUUGGCUCCUGAACAAAUCGGAUCCUGAACACCACAAACCCGGAAGUGAGUGUUCCGGUUUGCAAACUUUUUUCAGAAGCCAAACGUCCGAUGCGGCUUCUGCGGCUUUCGAUUGAGUGCAGAAAGCUCCUGCAGUCAGCCUUGGUUGUCAAACCAUUUCAGGAAUCAAAUGGACUCCUGGAAUGGAUUGAGUUCGAGAACCAAGGUACCACUGUAUUAGAAUUGGGCUGUUUUUUUUAACUGGGGGAGGGGAAAAUUCUGAUAAGUUCCAGAAGGUCAUCUAGCACCUACAGAUUGUUAAGGUCUGUCCAGAGGGCUGUGAGAUUGGUAAGAGGGCCCAAUCUGCAAAUGCAGGUUUCAUCCUACACUGAAAUUUUGUACUAGUAGGUGCUGGUGACAGGUUUCUAGAUGCCAGCAUGUGUUGCUGUAAAAGUUGCAAGGCCCACAGAAGCUAGAAAAUAUGCCAAAUACAUUUUGUCUCUCUCCUCCCCACAAUUCACAGUAUUCCAGACAGAAUCCUGCUAUAAAGCUAGAAACCCUGUGGCAAACUGUCUCCCAGCUUUGAAGUGGAACUUCAUGGGAUUUCUACAGCAGAUUUUGCUCAUCACAAACAGCUCUAGUAUUAAAAGAGGAUUCUUAAGAUAUUUCAUGUCAAGUAUUAUUAUUAUUAUUAUUAUUAUUAUUAUUAUUAUUAUAUUUUAUUUUGUAGGUUGUAUUUGGAACAAGGCAGUUUUCAUGAGACGCUUACUGGUGAUGAUGUUUGCGUGGAUAGAUCAUCCGAAUCAGUUACGUGCCAGACAUUUGAACUGACAUUGAGGUCAUGUCUUUAUCCUCACAUAGACAGACAGUAUCUGGAGUGCUGUGGAAACUUAAUGCAAACGUUGAAGAAAGAUUAUAGGUAAGAAUUAAAAUACUUACGCACUGAUGACUUUAUUAGUUCUUGUAAUAUGCUUAAGGCAGUAGUAGAGACCUGGAUCGGAUUUCCAGUCAUUAGUGAUUGAUACUACUUCACUCACUCAGCUUAGGGACCCAGUCUUUCUUAUGGAGGAAGCAUCUGGGUCACUCUUGUUGCAAAAGGGGCGACAGCAGAGUGAGGCAAAAGUAUCACAGAAUUCAACAGUAGAAAGGGUGGGUACAUGGUUGACAGAAAAAGUUACCGUAAUGCUCUGACAGAAGAAUGCUGGCAAGCAGAGUGAUACAGUGAAAAUAGAGUUUAAGGCAAGAUGCAGCUUUCUUACUACAGGAGUUGGGUCUUCUGAGCCAUGAAGUUUACUAGUAUUUGUAUAUAAUAAUAAAAAAGUAUUUUUUUUUGAGCUCAGUGUCCUUAAUGGUUCAUAUUUGGAAGGUUUCCUAGCAUAGCUUAAGUAUUAAAAGUAUGAUGAAGUGAAAUUUGAAUAAAUGUGUGUUUUUGUUUCUUAGGCUGGUAGAGUACUUGCAGGCUAUGAGAAACUUUUUCUUGCUUGAGGCUGGUGAUACUAUGUAUGACUUCUAUACAUCCAUUUUUGAUAAAAUAAGAGAGAAAGACACAUGGCAGAGCGAACCAUUUCUCAAUGUCCAGCUCCAAGAGGCAGUUGGACAGCGUUAUCCAGAGGAUAGUUUAAGGUAAUAAGCAUGCAAAAUAUAUGUACAGUAUACAUUUGGGUGGGAGGGGAGAGCCUGGUAUGACUAGGAAAAGAUUAAGAAAAAGUGUUUAUUUGGCUGUAUUUGGAGAGUAAAUGAUACCUUGUACAUCUUGCUAACCAUGGCACGUGAAAUAUAGCCUUUCCCCCCAUAAUUUGGAAAAGCCAAGGCUGUUUAAAAGACAUACAUUUUAUUGCUGCAUUUGCAUUCUACCCUGUUUGAGAGUAUUAAGGUUUCUCUGUCUUAUUUAGACUGUAGCUAUUUCUGUCAGCAUAGAUACCUAAUAUCCUUUUACAAAGUUUGCAGCGGAAGUAAUUUUAGCUGUGUUGAUUUUAUCUGAUUUUUCAUUUGUUUCGUUUGCCUAGUAGUUGCCUAGCUCCCAGAGCAAAACAAUGGUAACGAGUAUGUGUUUCUGUGUGCAGGUUGUCUAUAUUGUGUGAAAACAUAGAUAUAACAAAGAAGAAGCUUCCUGUUCAUACCUUGGAUGGCUUAAUAUUGAGCUACAAGGUAACACUAGUUUAAAUUAAAUAAACUGAAAUACAAUAAUGGUUUAAUUAUAAGGUAAUAUAGAGAUGAGGGGAAAAUGAAGUAAUGUCUUCAAUAAUGUUUUUCCUCCUUAGGUCCCCUGGCCCGUGGAUAUAGUUAUAAGUGUGGAGUGUCAAAAAAUCUAUAACCAAGUGUUUCUUCUAUUGUUACAAAUAAAGUGGGCCAAAUAUAGUCUGGAUGUAUUACGAUUUCAUGGUAAGGUAAUUCAUGGACACUUCUUUUAUUCUGUAUAACUGAAACUAUAACACUAAUAAUUGGUGAACUGUAGUUACACUGCUUCCAGCUUCUGAAAGAGCACAAUACUUUCUGGGAAGAUACGGCAAAGGACAAAAAAUAAUGUAAAAAGUAAAGAGACUCCAGUUGCGAAUGACUUUGGGGUUGCGGCGCUCAUCUUGCUUUACUCGCCAAGGGAGCUGGCGUGCAGCUUCCGGGUCAUGUGGCCAGCAUGACUAAGCCGCUUCUGGCGAACCAGAGCAUGUAAAGGGAAGGAAUUAUGGAAAAGAAGGUAUUGUGGCAAAGUAUAAGUAGAUAGUGGCUGGUUAUCAGAAGGACAAGUGGGACUUGCCACAAGAUGUUGCAGUGUACCAUGUAUCUGUUUAGGAUUCUAGUCAGCCAUGACCUUUUUGAGAAGACUCCAUUUCAUUCUCACUCCCCAAUGGUCAGUGAGCACUCCAUGCCCACUGAACAUGCUCACUUCUCAUUCGACUUAUUGUGGGGAGUAGGUAAGGAAAUUGCCACUUUCACGUUUUUCCACUAAAGUUUUUUGUACUCCUGUAAAACUUGGUGUACUCUGGAGUUGCUGAUAUCUCCUUGAUCCUCCUUUUACCCUUCUCUUGUGUGUGAAUGUUGUCAUUUUGGUUACAUAAAUCAUUCUCCAACUGUGAAUUCUUCACUGUUUGUUUAUAAAAAGAGCAAGUAGAUUGCUUUGAACUAUAUCUGAUCUGGAGUAGAUGUGGUUAGCUGUUUAUCUGCAAUACAGAGCUGUGUGUGCUCUGCCAAAAAUAGUCUGUACUGAGAAAAACUGAAUUUUGUCACUUGACUCGGUACCCAAAUUGUUCUUUGUGCAAAAAGAAUAUUGUGGCACUUUUUUACAAAAACGUACCACAAGACCCUUCAUUAAUUUUACUAACAGACUGUUAGUGUCAGGGCUGGUUCUGUAGGUUAUGCAAGUUUGCCUUUUUGUGUACAUUCUGUAGUUUAUUCUGUAUAGUCAUAGGAAGUAGGAGGCAGGGCACUAAAGUUCUUCAGUUUUUUCCAACUCAAACAAAAAUUCAGGCCAUAAGAGCUGGAAACUCCCUACUUCUUUUCUUCAUGAAAUCCUAUAAGGAGCUUAAUGCUAUGAUGUGGUGGUUCUAAAAAUAUUUUUGCAUUUCUUGAUUUUAUAAAGUGUUGUAUAGCUUACUUAUAAUAAAAAUGUAUCUUAAUACUUAGUUUUAACUCUUCCCUGUUAAUAGUGAUUUUACUAAAAUGUGGAUCCUGUGCAUUUGAUUGAUGUCCUGAUUUAUGUUUGUUGUCUUUACAUCAAAGAAACCCUGCCCUCUGCUGUUUGAACAGUUUAUUGGCAUCAGUAGAUUUUUUCUACUGAAGAAUUUAAGGGCACCUGAACUGUUCAGAUGCUGAUGAUGGCAGAAUUGUAGUUGCGGUCUUGCCAUUUCCUGUAAUAUUCUGUUGUCUUUAACUCUUUUAAGAACUAGUCAGGGCUGCAGAAAAGCCCCAGAACAAAGGAGGAGCUGUACUUGAGCAAGAGACAUUUCUUCACUUUGGAUCACAAUUGGAGCCCAUUAAGCAACAAACUCAUCGAAUGUUCCUUUUGAGGAUGAAACUAAUGCAUUUUGUUAACAGCCUGCAUAACUACAUCAUGACUAGAGUAUGUGAUGCAUUAUAAUUUCAUUAUUAAUGUGCUACUUUCCCUAACAGUCCAGAAUGACUUCUGACAUAGGUGCAGGUAGUUUGACCUUCAUUUUGUAUGGCAGAAGUACAUCUCAUUCAUUUAGGUUUUAGCUAAUAUCCGGAAUAUGUUUAAAAUAGCAGUGGCUGUUCAGAUGUUGAAUAACCCAAUUCUACUAAGUCACAAUGCUUUUGGAACACGUGAUAGAUCCUUCCGUAUUACUGUAUUCUUGCCAGAACUCUUAAUUCCGUGUACUGCAAACAGAAGCCCUUUGCAGAACAUAAAAUGUUUAAUAGCCAGCUCAGCUUGUGAUCUUGGAGAAAAAUUAGAGGUGUAAAACAUUUUUCAUAGAAGUGUGCUAAAGACAAGAUUUAAGCAUAAAGUUUAAUCACUCUGUUUUUCUAAAGAUUCUUCAUAGUACAGGUUUAGAAUUUCAACAUCAAGUAGAAGAAGCCAAAGAUUUAGACCAGCUGAUUAAAAUUCAUUACAGAUACCUUUCUACAAUCCAUGAUCGCUGCCUGCUGAGAGAAAAGGUACAUCAAGUUAGACUACUAUGGUGUAUUUAGUUUACACAGCAAAUACCUAUAACAGUUGCACUCUAUUCAGGGGUUUUAUAUCAUAUAUAACUGCUAUAGAAAAAAAUUAUCUGUUGGGUCAUUGUGAGGGUGAGCAGAGCUCCUUAAAAAGGUAAAGGUAAAGGGACCCCUGACCAUUAGGUCCAGUUGUGACCGACUCUAGGGUUGCGGUGCUCAUCUCUCUCUAUGGGCCGAGGGAGCCGGCGUUUGUCCGCAGACAGCUUCCGGGUCAUGUGGCCAGCAUGACUAAGCCGCUUCUGGCGAACCAGAGCAGCACACGGAAACGCCGUUUACCUUCCCGCCGGAGCGGUUCCUAUUUAUCUACUUGCACUUUGACGUGCUUUCGAACUGCUAGGUGGACAGGAGCUGGGACUGAGCAACGGGAGCUCACCCCGUUGCAGGGAUUCGAACCGCCGACCUUCUGAUCAGCAAGUCCUAGGCUCUGUGGUUUAACCCACAGUGCCACCCGCGUCCGCGUUCUAUAACUGCUAUAGAAAAAAAUUAUCUGUUGGGUCAUUGUGAGGGUGAGCAGAGCUCCUUAACCUUCUUAAAAUAGCAUUUUCAUUGUUUGUCCAGGAGACUUAGAAUAUUUUAUUUGCCCAAUAUUUUGAUUUAAUUGUUUGCAUAAAUUGUUUAAACACUUAUCUGAAUGAGCCUUUAUUAUAUUUACAAAAGCUCUUGAAACAACUGUUUCAAAACAUUGAGAAGGCUUCGUUCAUUCACAAUUGAUAGAGGGUGUAUGUUCUCUAUCAGUAGGUAGAAGAGGAAGGACUAUAAUGAUUCUGCAGUGCAAUACUGCUGUGGAUGUCAGGAUCAAAGCCUGGGGGUAGGGCUUAAACUUGUGGAGGUGUGUGCUAAGCUGAAUGGAAGCAGUUCCUCCUUCUCAACCACUGAAACUCCUAGCCUUGCCUGACUAGGAGUUAGCACUUACAUCCUGCUAUUUUGCUGUCAGAGAGCCAUGGGGACAGGACACAUGCACAACCCUCAGCCCACACUAGUUUUGGGUGGAUAGCUUUUACAUUGGGUAGAGCAUUGGAACCACUUGGGAGAGCUGGAAAAAAUGGAAAAUGCACUAGGGAAGUGGAACUGCCUUGAACUUCAGUAUGGAACUAUGAUCACAGCUGCUACUUUUAAAAUGUCAUUUACAGGUUAGUUUUGUGAAAGAAGCUAUAAUGAAAGUGCUGAACCUAGUACUGAUGUUUGCAGACCGUUGGCAAGCUGGUUUGGGAGCUUGGAAGUAAGCACACACAAAAUAAUUUGGAUUGUAAUAAUUUCACUGCAUUAGGCUUUUAAAUGGCAUUAAUCCCUUACAUGAAAUAUUGGCUAGGAUGCAGUGGAACAGGCAAGAGACUAAUCGCGUGGCCAAGAAUGAAAUGGAUUUAAGAUAGAUCUCAUCAGCUCUGGGCACAUGUUGCCUUGAAAUCAGCAUGCUUUUUAAAGAUAAGGUUGUAAAUCAUACAUUCAUAAAAUAAAUUAUAACUUUUAGAUGCUUAACAGUAGAAAGUAUUAAGUUAAUGUAGCCUUAACUUGGUGUAAGUACCAAACAGGAUCAGUAUGGUCUGAAUAAUUUUUCUUUGAUUGGUGCUACUGGGAAAUAUUGAAUGCAUUGAAGUUUUGUUUGAAGUGCUUUUAUGGUGUGAGAAUCAUGAGUUUCUCAGCCAGUGACUUAAUUUGAUCUUUUGAAGAUGCAAAGCUAUUUUUAAAAGGGGUUACAACAGUUGUGUUGUGUAGACCCCUAUAUCUUUUUUUUUAUUUCAAACAGCUUGAUAUCUGGAUAUAUUUUCUGCAUAUUCAUGCAUCUCCUUUAGAGUAAAGAACAGUAAUGAGGAAAAACUAGUCAUAGAGGCCACAUCCAAGAACAAACCCUUCCAUUUGCUAGGUACCUGUGCAUUUACAAUAAAAAAUUUGGCUAAGACAUUCUAAUGCCAAAAUGAUUUAGGUUUAAUCCAGUUCAAUUUUUGCUGAUUUCCACUAAAAGCCCCUGAAAAUAGGUGGGGACCCCCCAGAAUAGUAUGGAAAGGUGCAGGUAGAAGUGAAAAUAGCCUACUGAAAAGAGGAACCCUUUUUGUUCUCAAAACGAAUUUUAUUAUAUUUUUUACUACCACUUUAUUUUUGUCUACUUAAAAUAUUCUGCCCUGUUGUCAGGAUGGAAUCAAUAACGAAGAUGGAAUCUGACUUUAAAAACUGCCACAUGUUUCUUGUGACAGUACUGAACAAAGCAGUCUGCAGAGGUUCCUUCCCACAUUGUAAGUAUUUAGAAAAUAAAGGUAACAUUUGAUUUUUCAUACCAUUAGGCAUUUACUGCAAAGUGCAUUGUGCUGCUUUCUUAGCGCUUUCAGUCUCUAAAUAAUUUUAAAGCAUAGUUAUCUGCUGAUAAUUAUAGGGGGAGAUUUUUGUGUGUAUUAACAAGGAUUCUUUAGAAAUCUAUGUAAUUCAUAACCAGUUUGUUCAACAUGCUAUUUUUCUUCUCUUUUGAGACUAUGCAAAAUACAAAUGCCAGACAUUAAAAUAUUUCACUUUGUGUUUUGGUUCACAGUGGAGUCUUUAGCCUUGUCACUCAUGGCUGGAAUGGAACAAAGUUAGUAAAAUGCAGAUGUGAUAAAACUACUCAAACGCCUGCAACAUCUUCUGUGUAAUAUUGUAAUCGUCCAAUGCUGAUUGCUUGCAUGAAGUAUAUUUUGAACUGUGUGGCAGGGUUUUCAUUUUGAGUGAUCCCAGGAUUGCAGUAUUAUUUCUAGGAUGUACAUAUUUGUGCUUGAAACUGUAAAAAACAACAACGCAUUCAUCUGUAAAUAAAACACUGAAUGCAAUUAUUUAUACAGUAUACCAUUUAUUUUAUAUAUUAGGAAAUAUUUAAUCAGAUCAGGUCAUUCUUUUGUUUUCCUCUGUGAGGAACAGUUACUAAAAUGCAUACUGUAUAGCAAAAAUUCUAAAAGAAUUUCUGUGAACUUUGCUCCUGUGCAUAGCUUGCAGGCUGUCCCUGAAUGCAGUGGCAGAAAUGUUUUAUUCAGAAACAUUUAUUUAUUUAAUAAGCAUACCACCCUUCAUCUGAAGAUCACAGAGUGGUUCACAACAUAACAAUGCAAAAUGAGAACGCAAAAUACAUAAUAAAACAAAAGCAAACCAAUAACCCCCUCCCACAAACACAUAAAAGGCCAUAGAAUGUUUCAUCAACCAAAGGCCUGGUUAUAGAGAAACUUUUUCACCUGGUGCCUAAAGAUCUGUAAUGAGGGCAUGAGGCGAGCUUUCCUGGGGAGAGCAUUCCACAAGCGGAGCCAUUGGAUGCCUUCCUUUUUCCUUUUCCCAAGAUAAAUUGUCACAUGCUCUCAAAAUAUAAAAUGUCACCUGCAACUGAAAUCCCAGCAGCUGUAGUGCUAUGGCAAAUGAUACUAUUUUGUUGAAUUGUGUUUUUUUUUUGUUUUGUGUUUUUUUGUGUGUGGAAAUGAAUAGCACAGGUAAGGCACUUUAUGCCACCAUUAACUUACUGCACAUCACAACAUUCUAACAUUUGUUUUGGCAUUCCUAGCAGCUUCAAAAUGUUCAUUUUUAAGCUUUGUAAUCUUAACUGCUAGCAACAUUACUGGUGCAUUAGGAUGGACUAUGUUUGCAUUAUCUGCUUACAUAAUGUGUAAGGAUAAUACUUCCUUCUCUAUACUGCUAAUGCAUUUCUAGUGUAACUGCCUUUUGUGAAACCUGAUAGCAAGUGAUUUGAUUCUGGAAGGAAUUUCAUGGGAAAUAUAUCAUGAAGAUUGUAGAAGAUUGUGUAACUCAACCUUCACAUGACCAUAAAUAUAUUACUGUCUGAAAACUGGCUGUUGUAACUUGCUGCUUUUAUAAGGUACUGGUAGUUUCCCUUUUAUAUUGUUGGGUGUGUGUGUGAAGCUUUUGGUUAAUUCUUUAUUAAGGCAAUACCAAGCUUGCUAUAAAAAAAAAAUGACACUGUGCCUCUUACUGUAGUUGAGAACACAACUCUUUACCAACUUUAGUAAGUACUAUUUAUUUUAUUUAUAUAUAUGCUACAGGGAUUGCCCGCAGUGGCUCAUACAAGCCAGAAAUUUUCUUUAAGUUUUUUUUAAUGGCAGCCAUGCCCUUGACCUGUGGAAAGGCUUUUUUAAAGAAACUUUGAGGAGGGGGAUGCUCAAGUAUUUGUGAGUGUGUGUGUGUGUGUGAGAGAGAGAGAGAGAGAGAGAGAGAGAGGGAGAGAUGCAUGUUGAAACGCACAAACACAGAGAGAAAGAAUUCUGGUCUGUUUGUAUUUAUGAUCUGUGACCUGGACAGAGAGAGUGAAAUAUGUAUGUGUGGCUUGAAUGUAAGAAGUGCAUGAGUGUGUGUGUGUGUGUGAGAGAGAGAGAGAGGUGUGGUUUGAUCCACUUGAAUAUUUUUUGUGGUACUGGGGAUUUCUCUCUUACUAUUAUCUGGGUAGGAAUUAAUAUUAUGUGAUCUGCAUAAUUAGGAGCAGCAAGGCAUAGGUGAUUCCCAUGACAAGCAUGAGGUUGUCUGGAUGUGGGAAGAGUACUGUACUAUUACUAAUUUUGUGUGAAGCCAUCCCCAUGGAGUCAUGUUGUGUUAUGCCAUUUCCUUCUUUCUCACAACAACCGUUUUGUAUUAUGUUAUACCUUCAUACCAACUACUUUGUGAGUGGCAUCCACAGCACUUUCUCAAAAUGUUCCCACUGGCCCAGUAAGAUUGACAGUUUGUAAAGCAAAAUAUUUAACCUGGUUUUUAAUAAGAUUUCAAAAUAAUGAAAGCAUCUAAUAAUCCCAGUAAACAACCAAAUCAGUAUAAUGAACAAAGCAAGAAUGGACAACAUGAAAACAGGUGUUAUCUUGAAGAAAACAGUCUUCAGCUGUCUUUGGAAGUAGAAUGGGUCUAAACAUGCUUCAUUUAGACUGGUUUGCCUGCUCCUUUCAGAGGUUCUAUAGAAGAUCAGAACAGGAUCAGGAUGUCUUUAGAAUAUUUUAACUUGUGUGUGUCUGUCUCCUUCAGAAGCUCCUUUUAGGGAUUUGAUAUCCAAAGCCUUGAAUUGGAGCUGGAAAGAAAUGAGUCUGUACAUUCUGCUCUGGAAUAGGUGAAAUAUGAGAGAACUAGUCUUCACCUCUCAAGAAGCAUGUUGUUGAUUACUGCACUAGCUGAUGCUUCUGAACCAUUUUCAAAGGCACCCAGAAAAGGAAUGACUGGCCAGGUCUCUUCCAGCAACCUGGGGACUGUGUAUCAGUUUUAGGGAUAUAAAUGCUUGUGUGGAAAGAAAAUUAUACGGAACAGUGCUAACAUUUGGGGGGGGGUGACUGCACAACUUUUAAAUCAUGGAUUAUAUAAAAUCAUGUGGCUGGCCUUUUUAAAAAAAUGUUCCUUCUGAAUGGGAUACAGCUGAUGCUGCUGUAUAGUAGCUGAUUAUUUAAAAGCCGUUUCACAUUUCAGACCUUACAGAGCAAGUCCACUCUGUGGUGCUGGAGAGUUUGGAUGUGACCCUUUGGCCACCAGAAUUGUGGGUGGGCUGAAGCUACUGCCAGUAGGACCCAGAGGACACUCCUCUCCCAAACCCAAGUGUUUCUGGGGUGAGGUAGGGAAAGGCAGAACUGGGCAUGGAAGGGAUUUGCUGGGUUGAAAACCAGUCCAGCUACUACCAGUGAGCUUCACCAAGCCCCUUUGCUGUGGCAACCUAGAGCAAAAAAGGAGUGAACCAACCACCAACUUUUGUCCAUGCAGCUCUCAUUCCCAGAUAAGAUUUAGGAUUCUUUCCUUCAAGAUUUAAAGCUGUAUUAAUCCAACGUACGCAUUAGUUCCAGAUUGCUUUAUGAGGGUAGAUAAUUUUUUUUUAAAAAAAAAGACAAAAGCACAAGCCGAGGUAUAAAAUGGGCGUUGGUCUUUACAAAAAGGAUGUACUCGGUUUGUCCUCAUGUGUCUAUAAAUUCCAGGCGGAACGUUUGUGACCUUAAGAAUCGUUCUGAAAUUAACUCAGCUGGAUGCUGGGAUGAGAGGACGCUGGAAGAUUUAGAAAGGGUAUAUGCCACGAAAUCCCUAAAUUUGCAAUGAAAGAAGGCACGAUGUGUGCAGCCAAAAUCGUUCAACAGUUUUUGUGCGGGGUGCCUAACUUCACAGCGAUCCGGGCUGCGAGCUGAGCGCUCGCCGCCUCCAACCUCCCUCCCUCCUUCCCUCCCUCUGCAAACCGGACCCGUUUCGACGGCUGUGUGAGCAAGAUGUGGGAGGAGAAUCGCUGGCUGGGAGGAAGGAGGAGCCGGAGGCUGGCUGGCUGGCUGGGCCAGGGUAGCUUCGCCUUGGAGAGGAAUGGCUGCGGGUUUGGGACGGGACGGGGGAGGAGCUGCAGGAAAGGGUGUUUCCUGGCACGGUUUCCUUGUUUGAGUGACUCAGACAGGAAACUCCCUGCUUCGUGCGGCCCUGGGAAAAGGAAAGCGGCCCUGGCGAGGACCCCUCCGCCGACGCACAGGCACCCUCUCGCCGUCGCGCUCGAGGGGGGAAGCGGCGCCUCAGGGAGAGCAGUGCCGGGGGCUCCGCGGGCUCCAAGCGGAGGUAAGCCGCGGGCCUUUUUCGCCCUUGGAGGCUGCGCGAGAGAAACUUUCCUUGAGGCGCGCCCUUAUCCGCCCGGGGAGGAACUUGCCCUCUGCUAAGCUGCUCCUCUUUGCCUCUCUUGCAACAAAAUGCCGGGCGUUUAGAGCUUCGGCUGCAUGCAAGAGACCCGAGCCCUCCUUCCCCCGCUAUAUGGCCUAACCAGAGGGGCGGACGUCAGUGUCUGCCCGUGGAUUUUGGGGCGGGCCUCGGCGCUUCGUUCCAAACUUCCUUGGAAGUUUCGCUGCCUGUGGAGCGUCCCCGUUUCUGCCCCCGAGCCUCGCCUCAUUUUGGAAGGAGACCGAGGGCCGGAGCAGCCAAGGGGGUGAGGGGAGGAAGCCCAGGGUGGGUUUGGGCUUGGGGAGGGCAAGGCUCGGUUCAGUGGCGGGCUUUUGCGGGUGUCGUUUUGCUGCCCGUGGUGAGCAGCGGCCUCGGGCAGCUUGAUAAGGUCGUGGGGAAGGUGUAAAAACAGGAAUUUGGAAAGCACUUCCGCGCACCAGCUCUCCUAACAUGCGUGCAAGAUCUCCCUGCAUCGCUUGAUAAACACUCAAGGUGGUAUGUUCGCCCUGCACAACUUGACCUAAGAUAAAUUUCAUUGUGGAGUCGUAUAGCCUACACAGUAUGCAGAGUUUUAAGUCUCUUCAGCAUAGUAAAGAAGCCCAGACAAAUUGCUAGCACAUAGGUUUUGUUAGUCGUUUGUGGGUCUUAGGUGACCAGAGAGAGAGAGAGAGACCAGCCCUCUAUUUUGAGAAUAUUCACAGAAAGCGUGGGGAAACUUGAAGGUAUCAUAACUUGCUAAGGGACUAAUUUGCAGGAGACUUUGGAUAUGUACUAAUACACAUUGAAAGAGUGAGAAAGUUAAUCUUUGGUAAACACCCCUCAAUCUGCAAGGUAGUGGAGUUUGACUAAUCCAUCGCAGACCUACACAGAAGUUAAUGGGACUUGUUUCAGAAUAAACAUUCAUAGAGGAUAGCAGCUGAAGUCAUUAAAUAGCAACUAAUCAUUAAAAACAAUGAACUUGUUUUAUAGUGGCCAGGCCUAAGGCUGGCAGGCUUUUCCAGAAAUGUGUGUCUUUCUCUUGUAGUUUUCUGAAUUUCUGCAGUAAGCAGUUUAUAUAGUGUAGGUUUCAGGUGUUCCAAAAUCAGUGUCUUUCAUUGAGAGGCACUCACAUUUCACUACCCUAAUACAAAAGUUGAACUUGCAAAACACUGAAAUAUGACACAGGGUGUUGGAAUAGUUGCAUUUUAGGCUGAUUUUAGUAGCCUCAAUUCUAGGGAUGGGUUAGAGCAUUCAGGCAUAACUAACUUCAUUAUGAACCCUUUAGUUGGGUUUUGGGGUAGUGAACAUAAUUUACAUUAAUGUUCUGGCCACAGCAUUAUGCAAAAUUAUUUUAUAAUGUCUACUAGCUAUGUUUAGCUCUAUUCUUACUUUUACUCUUCCCCGUGUUAUCUGUAUUUACUAUACUGUGAUUCACAUAUUUUUCACCUGGUCAUUCAGGAAUGGAGAUCAAGAACAGGUUACUUCCUCUGUUCAAACUAUUUAAUUAACACCCUACACAAAUUCACUUAACUCUCACCUGCUCGUGUUUUGCUGUUUUAAGCAAUCUGUUUGGAUGCCAGUGAACUUUCUUGCUUUUAUUUCUAUUUCUUUUUCACAUUUUACAAAUAUUUUAAAAACAAAUCUACAGAUCCACUUUACAUUCCCUUCGACUUCCCUCCCCUUCUUUCUGCAGUUAUUUAUUUUAUAUCUUUUUAUUACUGCAUAUCCAAUUCAAAUCUUUUUACCAAUUUUCCCGAGUUUAUCUCUUACUGCACAUGUUUAUAUCAGUCCUGCUAAUGUUUUGAUUUGUUUACAAUGCAUCUUCAGAUAAUAAGUUUUCCCCACUCUAUUUUUAAAAGUCUUUCUUCUUGGUUUCUUACUCAUCUGGUAAGUUCAGCCAUUUUUGCGUACUCCCAUUAGUUUUAAUUGCUAAUCUUGUCAGAACUGUUUUGAACUUUCUUGAUUUUAAAUGGGAUGCGCCACUGUGGAAAACAAGAUGCUAGAAUAGCAUCUGGCUUUCACUCUGAUUCAGUAGGGCUGCUCUUACAAUAUGAUAUUUUUUAUUCAUUAAUGAAGUCCACCUUUGUACUGCAAGGGAUUCUCAAGAGAAUAUUGAACAAUCAAACUUAUUAAGUAGCCCAGAGUAUUGCAGUUAAAUGCUGAUAAUGCAGUUGAACGAAAAAGGAGCUGAAGAAAAUACUCUAAUGGAAUAUAAAAAUUGAACCCGAGCUUAGUCUCAUGUGGCUUGGAAGGGACAUGGUUUUAAGAGGGAAUUCAGGAGGAUUUGUCAUGUUCUCGUCUUCCAUCCCUCAAGGUCCAACGUAUGAAUACGUGAUAGCUUCCUGAAAGUGACUACCAGGAACACCUUGUGUUUUCCUGCCAUUCACAUGAGGAGUUCCAUGGAGUGGUCACACUAAGAGGGUAGGGCUAUGGAUGACUCAGUGACUGUUUUUCCAUUGGCGAAGGCAGUAGGCCUCUGAAUUUGGGAACUUGUAGUUGGGGUCAGCACAUGCCCUGGUUGCAGGCUUUCCAUAGGCAUCUGGUUGACCGCUGUAAGAACAGGACUAAAUGGAACUUGGGCCUCAUCCAGCUGUACUUUACUUGUGUUUUUUAGAUCUAGUUCUCAGUGGGAUCUAAACUUUUUGGUUCACAACUCUAGCGGGUAGACUAGCUCUUACAUAACACAAUGUCCUCUCUUGUUUGUGGGGCAUCCAUUCAUGUCAAUCUACCUGCACUCUUUUACAUGGUUGGAUCUCGCACCAAGAUGACUUAAGGAAGAAUAAGGUAUUUGGCGUAAUACAGAUACCAGGAUAUUUAGCAUUUAUUUGGCUAUUAGAAGUGAAAGCCAAUGUGAUAGAUUGUAGGAAGCUGAUAAGCAUGCACAUACAUAUACACACAUAAUGUGACUAGUGAAUGUGUUGCAGGUUACAUGGACUCUUUUAACUAAUAUAGAAACAAGAAGUUUUUGGGUGUGCACGCGCUGUACUCCGUUGAAAUUAUUGGUGGUUCGGUGGCUUUUCUUCCACACCUGUAUUCUCUUCAGAUCAGGAGUAGCUAAUGUGGUACCCUCUCAUCAACUUUAGCCAGCCUGGCCAAUGGUUUGAGAUGAUGGGAAUUGUAUUCCAGCAACAUCUGGAAAGCACUAUGUUGGCUAACCCCGGUUAAAAUAGUGAUAGGGAAACUUCUCAUCAGGAAAGAAAAAGUGGAAUAUUGCAUGCAGUUUUUGCAGUGUACACUGUAGUUUUCCCUCCGCCCUCUGCCACUCAAGUUUUUUGUCUCCAAGCAUCCAUAGACGUCUCUUGAUUUCUUCCAGUACAUUCCAACUCUGUAAUUCUAAGGUUCUCUGAAUGGAUUCACUGCAUCUGUCCUUGGAUAGGAAUUUUCUGAGCAGAAGUGAAAGAGAGGAAGUUGUGCAGAUGGUGCUUCAUGCAUGGAGUAGCUAUUUUUUGUAUUUCUCUAAGCUGCAUAUGAAAUUUGCAUGUGAAAAAGGAAUCUUCAUCUAAAGAUCUUAGAUGUGCAAGUUAUGUGCCCGGUUUUAGCCAGCUGUAAAUAUACUUUGUACAAGAUAACUGUGUGCAGAACUGCAUGACUGCUAUUUCAUAGAAUCAGAGCUGCAAGGUACCUCAAAGUCCAACCCUCUGAUGGUUCAGGUGAUCUUCUACUUGUCACGUACUGGGGCUUUUUGCUCUUAGGUUUUCUUGCUGGUUUCUGUUGAGAAGUUUCAGCUUUGUUGGGACCAUAAUUGCCUUCAUUAUGGUGGAAAGAAUUUUUUCAGGGUCUUUGAGAACUUGUUUAUAGUAAAAAAAAAAAUGCUUUCAGAAGAGAACUCAACAUGUUUGUAUGUACAUGGCAAAUCUUAUUGCAGAAUUCUUCUGUGAUGCCUUUUUAUUUAUUUGAAACAUUUAGGCCCCUUCUUUCCCAACUAAAAGUUUUUCAGGUUUGUUUACAGCAAUAAAAAAACUAUAAAACAAUUUAUGAUGGACUUAAAACAUCACAGCCAAAAGGCCACAGUAACAAAUAUUAAAUAAAAAGCCCUCCAGAAUAAUCAAGUCUUCAGUGGAAGGUGGGCAGUGAUGGAGCCACCUUCAGGAAGAACAUUCUACAGCCUUGAGUUCAACUAUUUGUGAAUUAUAUUCACAGUUUCGUUGCAUGCUAGAGUAGGGGCAAAGUACCCUGUCCCUCCUUUCGGCAGUUUCUUGUGUUUCUGUGCUGGGCCUGGAGGAAAACACUUUGCCUCAUCCACCCACAGCUUAGAAACCUGAAUAAGCUAAAAAAUACUGAAUAGGUCUGCAAUGUAGACAAGGCGUAGCUUUGUGACAAUCUGCUGAUUUCAUUCUUUUUUUGAAUCACAGUAUUUUGUGCUGAUGAGCGCUCUUCCUGUUGUUUCUCUAUCAGUCAAAUGCUGAUUUUUCUGGCUUGCUUAGAGUUAAAAUAAGGAAGUCUAAGAUGUAUGCACAUCUCUUGAAGAAAAACUACAAAACGUUUGUUCCAUUCACCCCACUUCCAGUCUAUGUGCCCAGACAAACCAAAGAGAAAAUCCAUAGUGGUCUUAGUAAUGCAAGACAUGUUUCUGACUAUGUUUAAAUGAGGCAUGCAAGAAUAAAUUAACUUUAAAACCAAUUGAUAAUUCAGUGAAGGCUGCAAUCCUAACCCCAUUUACCAGAGUAAAAUCCACUGAAUCCCAUAGGACUUCUUUAUAAGUAGAUAUGGUUAGGAUUGAGCUGUAAAUGACUUUGAAGCAGAUUUGGUCCCACUUGAAGUCAAGUACAGCACAAUAUUUGAGAGGCUUUGCUUUAAAUAUUUAUAACAUCAUGUAUCUUGGGCCAUUUCCACUUUGCCAUUAGAAAAGGGAGCAGGGAUCAAACUGGUCAUUGAACUUUAAGCAGAGAACUAUGAUGGAAACAUGUGUACCAAGUUUAGUUGGUUAUAUCAGUCUUUAGUUGGUGAUCUCAAACUAUAUUGAGAACCCCAGUGUAGUUUCCUCACAACUUUCCUUAACCAUCAUUGAAAAAUAAUGGAGAGAGUUUGAUCUGGAGUUUGAAAUUGAAGCACAGAAUGGAAUGCUGAGUAUGCACACAUGUUUUCAUUCUGAUAUCUCUCUCUCCCAAGCAGUUACUGAAUUACAGUGUGUUUUGUUUUUUCAUCCCCAUUUUAAAAAUGGGGUCAGGGCGGUCACGGACAAUUGUGCCGUAAAAAUGCUUACAAGAUUAAAAUUUGAAUUUCUCAGUAUUUACCUGAAAGCAACACCCAAGCUUAUAAGAGUUGCUUGGUGAGUUAAAAUUUUGCCUGUUGAAUUAAAAUUGAAUUUGUUCUAAUGUAGGAAAUAGCCAGGGUACUGGUCUGCCUCUUGCCAAUGAAACAACAACAAUAGCUCUUGCUGGCUGAAUUUGUACAUAUAUUGAGAGUUUAUGAUGUUGAUGAUGAAUAGGUGCUGUUUUUCUAUGAGUGGGGUCAUCCUUUGUUUUUCUUCCAGUAUGUAGGCACAAGUACAGGCAAACCAUUUGAAAGUGAGUCACUAUUUCUAAAUUAGUGAGUUUAUGCAGUUUGUAGGUUGGCAGUAACCCGGCUGACUAAAUUUAGCCCUGCUUACUCAGUGACGGAACUGAAGAGUCAUGUCAAGGUAUAAUGGCACAAUAUUGAAUGCUGGCGAUGAAAGGAUGCUGUAGAGGCUAUACAGUGGUACCUCAGGUUAAAAACUUAAUUCAUUCUGGAGGUCCAUUCUUAACCUGAAACUGUUCUUAACCAGAGGUACCACUUUAGCUAAUGGGGCCUCCCGCUGCCGCCGCACAAUUUCUGUUCUCAUCCUGAGGUAAAGUUCUUAACCUGAGGUACUACUUCCGGGUUAGUGGAGUCUAUAACCCGAAGUGUUUGUAACCCAAGGUGUUUGUAACCUGAGGUACCACUGUAGUAAUGUAGAAAUCAUGUUGCUAGGUUUGUCAUUGCAAGAGGCAUAAGAAAUAAUUCAUCAUGCACAGUUUGGCAACAUAACAGGCAAGAAGCCAUGAUGUGGGAAUUGUAGAAGGUUUUAAGUUGAGCUCUAGAACUUAACUUGAGAAUCCCUUUGCAUUUCCAGGAUUCAGCAGUGAGAUAGGAAUUAUGUAGCAAUGGGUCUCCUUGCUUCAGAAGGGGAUUGGGUUAGAUGACCUUUGAGGUCACUACCAGUUCUAGGAGUAACAAUAAAUGAGGAACUGUAGCAGAUCCCACCACAUCUGCAUUUCCAGGGCAAAGGAGGUGACUUGGAAGCAGACUUCUAGUCACCUAGAACUUAAAUACUGGGUUCUUUUAGCUGGACCAGGGAUGGGGAACAUUUUUCAGCCCAGGGACCACAUUCACUUAUGAAUAAUCUUCUGGGGGCCACAUUUCAGUUGUGGGGCAGGGUCAGAGGGGCUACUGGGUUUUAUCCACCUAUAAACCCCUCUCCAGCCUCCUUUCAAGGAAGCAGGAGGCUGUGUAAUGAUACAUUUAUAGUGAGGAGCAUCACUUCUAAGGGUGUGGCUUUGGGAAGAGUUUUCCCCUUCCUUGAGAAAGCAAGAACCUUUCAAUUGUUUUUGUUGUUGUGAUAGCUACUAAUGUUUCUGCCUGUCAUCUUUGGUGAAUGUUUCUUCCGAACGUUUCCUACAUGUGGUAAACUUAUGAGUGAAAGCUCCCCAGGAUGUGGUACUCCUCACAUCUCGGUCGUUCUUUACGAGUGUGACAGGCCGAAGUUAUGUCACGUUGACUGUUCUUUGUGAAAUACGAACGCAAGGACAGCCUUGUAAAUAUGCCCACAGGAGCCACUAUACUGCAUAUUAUUUAUUUGGUUAUUUGUUUUACAAGACUCCUGAAGGCUGGCAGAGGAAGGGAGGAGGCCUGUAUUUCUGUGCUUGUUGUGGAAGAUAGGGCUACAUUCCUCUAGUAUCUCACACGGUUUUAUGCUCAAUACAGAGGAGAGAUAGUGCUGCAUCCUUCUCCACCAACCUACUCACUUGCGGGCAAUGAAUUCCUCUUUGCCUGUGGCUUCCAGACUAAUGCUUAAACCCAAAAGGAAUUUGAUCCCAUUAUUUCCUUUUUUGCACACACCAGACACCUUUAUGCCCAGAAUAUUGGGGGGGGGGGGACGUGCCUAUCCUGCAGGAUCUGAACUCUCUGAGAGGGUUUUUUCUGCCCCUUUUUAGUACCGCUGUUGUGAUGCCAAAAUGUUUUUUGUGCCCCUCCCCCAUUGUUUCCAUGUCUUUUUUUUUUUUUUAAAUCGUUUCAAUUUUCUUUUACUGACUACUCUGCUGUGAUACUGUGAUGGCAGAAACCAUUUGUACCACCACGAAGAUUCCCCUCAGAUUUGUUGGGUUUAAAGGAAAUGAAGUGGUUUCAUCCAUCUGGCCACAACUGCUUUUGCUGUGCCCUCUUUUACAUGCUGUUCCUUGACGGCCGGGCCCAUGGGUCAAAAUGGCCCUUAGCCUGAUAAAGAUUAACCAUUCCUGGUCUACAGCAUGCUGCAGGUGAUCUCUACCUGUUAUGGAUUUUGCCAGUUGUUUAAAGUUAUGUUUUCUCUUUAUAGAACCAAAAUGACUGCCCAAGUUACCUUGGAGGACGCUUUGUCCAAUGUAGAUCUCUUGGAAGAAUUGCCACUGCCAGACCAACAACCGUGCAUUGAGCCCCCUCCAUCAUCCUUGCUUUAUCAGGUAUGGCAUCUGCAAAAUGAAAUAUUUGUUGACCUGUUUAAGACCACCAUUUGAAUAAACUUCUUCAAGACCUUUGAUCAUUUUGGUGUCUUAUUUCUUUUCAUGCAGCCAAAUUUCAACACCAAUUUUGAAGACAGAAAUGCAUUUGUCACAGGCAUUGCAAGAUACAUCGAACAGGCAACUGUUCAUUCUAAUAUGGUAAAUAUUUUUCUUAUGUUUUUCUUCCUUUUUUACAGUGACAACAUAAAAAAAUACGGGCAAGUGAGGGAAGGGUAGCAUGGUAAAAACUGAACAAUUUCCUCUUGUCAGGAUCUGAUUACAGUAGAAGGAAAUGGGAAAUUACGUUAGUAUGUUUAUUUCAAGCUGGAAAAUUCAUAUGUUGUUGUUUUUUUAAAAAAGUGUUAAACUAUAUGUGUAUAUUCUGCAUGUGUUCUGGAUAAUUUUCAGUACUUUCACCUGUUCUGUGGUAGAAACUUUGGCUUAAUUUCAUUCUUUUAGUGUGUGUUUGUGUGUGUGUAUUUUCUCAGUUUGUAGCACUGUGAUUAUUUAGGUCCAACAAAUAAAAAAAAAGUUCAUUAGAAGUUCUGUAAAUGUAAGUUUUAGGAAGAGGCGCCAGAGGAAGCUUAAAGGGAGUUAACUCAAAAAUUCUGAGAAAUGCUGACUUAGACUGUCUCAAGUGAUCCUUGAUUCUGCUAAAAUAAGCCAUCUGGUGUUACAUUAUUCCUUAGUUAUAUACUGGAUUGGCAAGUUUCAUUGCUUAGCCUUCCUUUUUUACGAUUUAAAGGGGACGGCUUUGAUGGCUAGAGCUGAUGGGUAUUGCCGUCCAAAAACACCUGGAAGACACCAGGCUAGGGAAGGUUGGUCGAGGAUGCACGAUUCUCACUUAGGAUGCUAGAGGUCCCAGGUUCUUUGUCUUUAAGGGAAGGGCCAUGUUCUGUGACGGAGCAAAUGAUUUGCAUGUGGAAGUUCCGAGGCUCAGUCCCUGGCAUCUCCAGUUUUGAAAGGAUUGGGUAGCAAGCAAUGUGAAAGGCCCUUUGUGUAGGACCCUAAAGAGCCACUGCGAGUCAGAGGAGGCAGUUGGCUCGAUGGACUAACAGUCUGACCUGGUAUAAAUAACACAGCACCCUAUGUUCCUGCAGUUGGACUGUUCUGUGAUUCUGCUCAAAUGUGAGAGUUUAGUAUUGGGCACAUACCAAUUAAGCAUCCCAAGAAACUUUUUCUUCAACCGUUUGUUAGGGGAUAUGAUUCAUUCAGUGAUUUGUUGAAGCUGUAACCAUUAUUGUUGAAAAUGAAAGAUUUGGCUAUGUUCCUAAGCACAAUUAUUUGGAAAAACCAGGGCUUAGAAUUCCCAGUUGGCGAUGUUCAGAGCUGGAGAAAUAGUCAAAGCAAAAUUUUGGUCAGUGUUCUGAUGAAAGCUUUUAGCUUAUCUCUUCUGAGAUGCCAGGCAGAUGUUUUAUUUCUUUCUUUACAUCACUGCUAGCUCCAGCAAACUUCCCUUUGUGUUCAUCUCUGCAUCUUCUUCGUCAAAAUAACAGCUUUUAUUUUUACGAUAGAACGAAAUGUUGGAAGAAGGGCAAGAAUAUGCUGUCAUGCUGUAUACAUGGAGAAGCUGCUCAAGAGCCAUUCCUCAGGUAAUGGAGCAACAUGGACUCUUUAGUGCUAUCAUUUUGGCUUCUUACAAAGGUGUUGUGUCUCCCAUUCCAUACAGCUGGCUCCUGGGACAGCUGCCUUCUCAGCACCUGUCUACCUGCCUGAAGGGUGUGUGCACAUGUCUCAGUGUACAGGAACCACUUCCCAUCUUUUUCUUGGACGCUUUCUCGUUCUUGCAGCACACAUAUUUUUUACUGCAAUAGAGGACAACGUUAGAAAAUUAAUGAGGAAGUGCUGUACAGUGGAAAGAGGGCAGGUGCUGACAUUGGAGAUGAUCUUCCUCUAUUUUAGUAGUACUAGAGGCAGAACCAAUGUGAAACUCUACUCACCCCCUCUCGAUCUUUGUAAGAGACACCACCAACCUGUUAUUGAACUACUAGGCAAGCCCUUUCCAGCACUUGACUCAAGUGUGUUGCAUUUGGUAGAAUAGUUAUUGAAUCAAGUGCUCAAUAAGAAGGUGUGUUAUGUGGCAUAGUGUAGCUUGCAUGUUUUGAAAUAGAUAUUUUUGUGUGCAGAAGUUUUGUUCCGUGAACUGCCCUGGGUCCUCCGGGUAUAGGGCAGUAUAUAAAUUAAAUAAAUAAAAAUGUUAUAACAAGGUGAGGAAGAUGUGUGUGAAGAGUAUAUAAUCUGACAAAUUCUGCCCUCCCCUUUUCAGGUGAAAUGUAAUGAGCAGCCAAACAGAGUGGAAAUUUAUGAAAAAACAGUGGAAGUGCUGGAGCCAGAGGUCACAAAACUGAUGAAUUUUAUGUACUUUCAGGUAAAUGAAUAUUGCUUGCUAACUUGAUGGCUGUUCUUCUUUCCCAGUGCUUUUCAUGAUUGAAGCUUUCUCCAGCAUCCUUCCUUCCUCAUCUGCCUUGUCUGUUCCAUGGUAGAUAUGUGUGGUAUUUAUUACUUAAUGAAUGGUUCACGUGGAGAGUCAUUUUGUGUACCAGCAGUGUAUGGACAAAUCUGAUCACUACAACCUGUGGGUAGCACUCUUACUUUAAACAACAACAACACAGAGAUUUGUUUUUAUCAACAGAGAAAUGCAAUUGAAAGAUUCUGUGGAGAGGUGAAGCGUUUGUGUCAUGCUGAGAGGAGGAAGGACUUUGUGUCUGAAGCAUAUCUGAUCACUCUUGGAAAGUUUAUCAACAUGUUUGCUGUUUUGGAUGAGCUGAAAAAUAUGAAGUGCAGUGUGAAGAAUGACCAUUCGGCCUACAAACGGUGAGAUGCUCUGUGGGGAUGUGGGGCCGGGGGGCAGCGUUUUCUAUAGUUGGUUUAUGUUGUUACUGUGAAUCAUGCCAACUAGUACAGAGUUUUAGUAUCGUGUUUGCUGUUUUAUCAGUGCAGCAUCUCUUCUAAUCUUCUGCGUCUGAGCUGCUUGGAACUAGUGGAUCACUGUAACCCUAUGUCAGAUGCGACAAGCCUUUGACUCUUCAGAUGUUGCUGAAGUACAACUCCCAUCAUUCCUAGCUAAUGGUCAUGUUUCCUGGGGCUGAUGUUGGAGUUCAUCAACAUCUGGAGGACCAAAGCUUCUCUACACCUGCCCUGCACAGUUGCUGAGUGUCAUACCCAGGCACAGGCAAACUCGGCACUCCAGAUGUUUUGAGACUACAGUUCCCAUCAUCCCUGACCACUGGUUCUGUUAGCCAGGGAUGGUGGGAGUUGUAGUCCCAAAACAUCUGGAGGGCCGAGUUUGCCUAUGCCUCUUGUCAUACCUGUUGAAUUAAGGCUAUUUCACAGAUUGCGUGGUGGCAAACAUGUUUUCAUCUCCAAAUACCUCUGUGGCAGCUUGCUGCGAGACAUACUAGCUUCCUAGCAUACAUGCCUAUAGGAAUGUGUGUCUAGAAAAAUGCAGGCAUUGUGUGCACAUAUUUUGUGUAUCAUCAAAAAAAGUAUAAUAUGUCAGACAACCCUCAGGGUGUUUAUAUACUGGAAACAUACAUCUGUUGUUUUCAAACCUCUGUUUGAUAGGGGCACAUUCUCUGCAAGGAGUUUCAGAUUAAGUCUUCUGGCAGCAUUUACCCCUAUGGAAAAGGAAGCAUCCUUUUUCUCUUGGCAUAUGAAGUUGCCUAUAGCACCACAGGACAGUGUGGCCACAAGAUGGCACUAGUUGUUUGCUAUAUGCUAUGUUCACAUUUUGUGUAUACUUGUAAAAUAUAUAUCUUCCCCCCACCCACCCCCAAAAAGGUAUAAAAUGUGUCCUGGAAAAUACUCUCACAGUGAGUUGAAACAAGAAGAGGUGGACUCAGGUUAGAAACUGCACAGGAUUGGGGGCUGGUGUCAAUGUGACAUGCUUCUUACCUGUUUCUCCAGGAAAUGUGCAUGAGGCAGAUAAGAGAUGACUUUUGUGCGUGGAUAUCUUUUUCCUGGAGGGGUGGAAUACAAAUGGGCUGCCCGUUUUGAAAUUGCAUUUCUGUUACAAUAUGCCUCCAUGAGCAUCUUUGCAAAAGCACUCCCAACGGUGAUAACUGUUGAAGAAAGGUUGAAGAAAAACGUUGCACUGGAAAAUGCAUUCAUUCUGGUGGAACGUACUUAGAGCUGGGGCUCAGCCUCGGAACAAUUUCAGUGCCCAUAUCCGGUUCUGAACCAUGUCAAUAGAGAGCCUCUGAAGCAUGCUUGUUGGGGUUCUGAUGUACCACAGUCUGAAGCUUUGGGGCAGAACCCAGUAUCUCAUGGCCAGGUUUUGAGAGUUUGUUGGGGGGGGCGGGGAGAGGGCAUGGAAUGCAGGAGACAUUCCAUUGCAUGUAAGUGGCGUUCCAUUCUGCUCAUGGUGGGACCUUGCAAAUCUUGCCAGGUCUGAUUUUAUUUAUUUAUCACAAUUUUUUAUAAACUGCUGAACAUCACAAUAGUACCAUAGCAGUAUACAAAAAAAAAAAAAAGAACCCUCUGUAAAUAAAAUAGAUGACAACGUAGAUUACCUGCUCUUUGGUAAACUCAUCAUUCUGUGGUAGCUUAUAAAAAACUCCGAGAAAUUAAAGUUAGCAACCUGUUAAAUGUAACCCGUGUCAGGGCCUUUCUAACUUCAGUGGGAAGUGUGUCCUGCCACUGCAAUGAGGAACCUAGUCCCAGCUACAAUGGGAUGGACCUUUGGCACACUGCAGUAUCACAAGGAAGCAAUCUUAUUUGUAAGGAGGUUUUAGCACCAGCAUGGCUUUAAAAAUAAAAAAAUCAAGCUCUGGGUUCAUCUCAUGCAAUCCCAUGUUUGACCUGCAAUCUUCCAAGUGUGUUAUCUCUAUGUUCUGUGCCUUAAUGCUGCAGUCACCUGCAGUUCAUACCUUAAGACUUGCUUCUGUAAAAAAGUGCAUAGGCUUGGGUUCCUACAGAAUCUUGUAGGCAACAAACGGCUGUUCCUCUGAGAUAACACCUGCAAAACAAUGCCCCACGGAAAUGUGCCGGGUGGUUGAUUAUGAUGUUAAUUAUGAUGAAUAGCUUCAUUAAUCCCACACUGCUCCUUUCAGAAAAAUCCCAUUCUGUGCAGCGGGGAAGACAACCACCUAGUGUCUUAGUAUAAAACCACUUGCAAUUCAGGCCCUGCUGUUGCUUUUGGACUUCUGAAGGGUAGUGUGUGAGUGAGAGGGGGUGGGGAAGCAAAGAGAGAAGGCAGUUUUCUAAGAGCUCUGUCUUCAGAUGGCAGCUGAAAACGACACACCCAGCUAACUCCCACUUUAAUGAUUUGUUAAAAAUUGGUAGUUUGGAUCUGCACCCCUUAUGGGUGUAUACUAAGCUAUAGGAGGUUUCUUUAUGCUCUUGCCUGCAUGGUUUGACAUUUCUUAAGUGAGAUACCAUUCAGUCAUUGAGUGUUAUAUUGCAACCUUUUCCCUUUGUUACCUGUAUGACGUCAAUCUAAUAACUUCCAACCAUAAACGAGGUCCUUGCCUCUCGGUGUAUUUUUAUAUUGGUGCAUGUCUUAAAAUUUGUUGUCCACUCAAGAGGGGUAAAUUAGAAAUAUAAAAUAAGCAAAUAUUUUUGCCUAAAAAGGAAGGUGGAAAAAAAGGAAACGGUUCAGGAAGGAAAAAAUGAAGUUGAUUUUGGGUGCUGUUCUUGACACACACCUGUUUUGCAUUCUGCAUGGUUCCUCAAGAAUGAUAUAAAAUUAGGUAGUUACCGCUGAAAGUUGAUUCCAAAGUAGAAGUGGCUCUGCCUAAUUACCCUGUCAGAACUGAUCCUUAUGGAAAGCCACUGUUGCAGGAUCAGUCUCCAUGAAUGCGCCAGUUGCCCUUAUGCUGGCAACCGUGAGUCAGUUGCAUCACAAAUUAUUGCUGCUGGAAAAUAAUGACAGAACAGAGUGUGUUGGGACAACAACCUGAGUCUCUUGCCCACUGCACUCGCAUUUAUUGGUUUCUACAUUGCUCAUCAAGGUGUGACAUUGGAUCCCAUAGUGUGCAUGCAUGUGCACACGUGUGUGCUGGCUUCUUCUCUAGCAGCAGAAAAGCUAGUGGAGGCCAGCAGAGUCGUCUUUAUCCGGUGACAACAAAUCAUUAAGAUAUAGCAAAUGUCCUUCAUUCAUACACUUUGCAGUAAUGUGCUUUCUUGCAGGGGCCAGUGGCAUAGCUAUAGUGAUGAUAGAUAUGUCUAUCAUUCUUGCAAGAUUUAACUUUUUCUCCUGUUUCCUUUGAAGGGCUGCCCAAUUUCUGCGUAAAAUGGCCGAUCCUCAGUCUAUCCAAGAAUCCCAGAACCUCUCCAUGUUUCUUGCUAAUCACAAUAAGAUUACGCAGGUAUGUUUUUAAGUAAACAAAACUAUGAUGUCAUUGUUCCCUUCUUAUUCUUGUACAGAGCAUGGUAUCUUACGUGCUGAAUAAUAUAAUAAAAUCCAGCUAUUUCCAUACAUGGAGUUCUACAAGUGUUCUCUCUUAAUCCCCCCCCCAUUGCCAUAUACAAAGUUAAACUGGUUUCUGUUCUAGUCUUUACAGCAACAACUUGAGGUGAUUCCUGGCUAUGAAGAGCUGCUUGCUGAUAUUGUGAAUUUAUGCGUGGAUUACUAUGAAAACAAAAUGUAUCUAACGCCUAGUGAGAAGCACAUGCUCCUAAAAGUAAGAUAUGCUGCUUGAAGCAUUUCAACAUUUUGGGGGGGGGGGAUGCUGGGUGAGCAUUGGAAAUACUCUUGAAAUGCUAGAGGUUCGUUGUCAAUAAUUGGAAUAAUUGGUAUGCUCUUUGAAGUAUUUUCAGCCUCUCUUUUAUGUAUGUGAAUUCCCUCCCUCCACACUUCUAUAUGCACAGGGACUAAAUGAUUUUAAUGAAGGGGGUAGAGAAAAGGCAAAAAUGGAAUUAGAACGUUUUUGUGUCAUUUUGUCAUAUUGGGUAAAAGAUAUGCAGAGGCAAAUCUAUCAUUUGCAAUGCUUAGAGGAACUAAAUUGCUCGGCAUUCAUUAUAUUGGCUUUUAGCUAAACGGAUAUAGUAAUGUUGAAAAAAGCAAUGUAUUUGUGUCCAGGAAUUUUUCGGCACUGUGCCUCCAAAUGGCUCCGUAUGCAUUCAUUCCAUUGGUUUUUAGCCAAACGAAUAUAGUAAUUUUAAAAUUUUUGAAAAGGCUAGUUUAUUUGUGCCUAGGAAUCUCUUUGCAGUAUAUCUAGCACUGCACAGGAAAGCUAGUUUAACAGCUUUCAAAUCUGAUUACCAUACUUGAAUAAUUAGAAGCAUUUAUCCUUCAGGUGCUUAUAGCUCUGAAAUGUAGCAGUUAAAUUUGGCUGGGAUAUUCUAAGGAUUCCAGAGCUUAUUAUGCUUAUUCUUAACAUAUUUGACUGUGUUUUAUUUUAAAAAUCCAGGUGCCUGCUUCUAUGGCCUCUGGUGAAGCACAGUCUUACUCUGUGUUUAGAGUUAAUGAUUGAUUUUAAUAUUUUUUUUUUUUAUUUUUUUUUAUAAUAUUUAUUGGUUUUACAAAAAAAAAAAAUUCCAAAAGAUGCAAAAAUACAAAAAUUCGACAAACAGAAAACAACAAUAACAAUAACAAAAAGCAAACAGAGAUAACAAUAUCCAUAACAAAAAAAGAAAAAAGAAAAAAAGAAAAAGAAACAGAAAAAUUUAAAAAGUAUUAUACUUUCAUUUAACCUUCUUAUCAUUACCUAAUUCUUUGACUUCCCCACAUCUCCCCGCUUGUAUUUCCAUUUAAGAACUCCUUUCAGCAAAUCCUUACCCUCCUUUCUUUAUCUUAACUCAAAAAGUUAAUCUAUUUAUAUAUAAAUAUUACAACUUUAUCGAUCAAAUAUUCCAUGCUCUUAAUCACAAGGCUUUUGCCAAUACCAGUUAUUUUCAAUCAGACCUCAAUUUAACAUUCAUUAAUUUUAUAGUAUUUCUGUAGAUAGUCUUUAAAUUUCUUCCAAUCUUCUUCCACCGACUCUUCUCCCUGGUCACGGAUUCUGCCAGUCAUCUCCGCCAGUUCCAUAUAUUCGAUUACCUUCAUCUGCCAUUCUUCCAGAGUGGGUAAAUCUUGUGUCUUCCAAUACUUUGCGAUGAGUAUCCUUGCUGCUGCUGUUGCAUACAUAAAGAAAGUUCUGUCUUUCUUUAGCACCAAUUGGCCAACAAUGCCCAAGAGAAAGGCCUCUGGUUUCUUUAGAAAGGUAUACUUAAAUACCUUUUUCAACUCAUUAUAUAUCCUUUCCCAGAAGGCCUUGAUCUUUGGGCACGUCCACCAAAGGUGAAAGAAUGUACCUUCAGUUUCCUUACAUUUCCAACAUUUAUUAUCGGGCAAGUGGUAGAUUUUUGCAAGCUUGACUGGGGUCAUGUACCACCUGUACACCAUUUUCAUUAUAUUCUCUUUUAAAGCAUUACAUGCUGUAAACUUCGUACCUGUGGUCCAUAACCGUUCCCAGUCAGCAAACAUAAUGUUAUGUCCAACAUCCUGUGCCCAUUUAAUCAUAGCAGAUUUUACCGUUUCAUCCUGAGUAUUCCAUUUUAGCAGCAAGUUAUACAUUCUUGAAAGUGUUUUAGUUUUGGGAUCUAGCAGUUCUGUUUCCAACUUUGAUUUUUCCACCUGGAAGCCAAUUUUUCUAUCCAAAUUAUAGACCUCUCUUAUUUGGUAGUAAUGCAACCAGUCUCGCACUCUAUCUUUUAAUUUUUCAAAACUCUGCAAUUUGAAUUUAUCUCCUUCUUGUUCCAAGAUCUCCCAAUAUUUUGGCCACUUGGCCUCCAUAUUGGACUUUUUUUAGGGCCUUUGCCUCCAUUGGUGAUAGCCACCUUGGGGUUUUAUUCUCCAAUAAGUCUUUAUAUCUUAUCCAGACAUUGAACAAUGCUUUCCUGACAAUAUGGUUUUUAAAUAUUUUGUGAGCUUUAACCUUGUCAUACCACAAAUAUGCAUGCCACCCAAACACAUUAUUGAAACCUUCUAAGUCCAAAACAUCAGUAUUUUCCAGAAGUAACCAAUCCUUCAACCAGCAGAAAGCUGCUGAUUCAUAAUAAAGUUUAAAGUCUGGCAGGGCAAAUCCCCUCUUUCUUUAGCAUCAGUCAAUAUUUUAAAUUUUAUCCUGGGCCUCUUGCCCUGCCAGACAAACUUAGAAAUAUCUCUCUGCCACUUCUUAAAACAGUCCAUUUUGUCUAUUAUUUGUAUCGAUUGAAACAAAAACAGCAUUCUUGGCAAUACAUUCAUCUUGAUGACAGCAAUUCGACCUAACAAGGAAAGCUUCAAAUUUGUCCAUAUUUCUAAAUCCUUUUUAAUGUCCGACCAACACUUUUCAUAAUUGUCUUUAAAUAAAUUCCCAUUUUUAGCUGUCAUGUGAAUCCCCAAAUAUUUCACUUUUUUUACCACUGUUAAACCUGUCUCAUUCUGAAACCUCUCUUUUUCGAUCGGUGUUAAAUUCUUCUCAAGUACUUUAGUUUUAAACUUAUUCAGCUUAAAACCUGCCACCUGACCAAACUCUUGAAUCAGUUCUAAUGCUCUUUUCGUACUAGAUUCUGGCUCCUGUAAUGUCAGUACAAGGUCAUCUGCAAAUGCUUUCAGUUUAUAUUGUUUCGCUCCGACCGUUAUACCCUUAAUCAAAUGGUCCCUUCUUAUCAUAUUUAACAAAACCUCCAGAACAGAAAUAAAAAGUAAUGGGGAAAUUGGGCAGCCUUGUCGUGUCCCUUUCUCUAUCUUAAUUUCCUCUGUUAUCACAUUAUUAACUAUUAAUUUAGCUUUUUGUUCUGAAUAAAUUGCAUUUAUACCAUUUUCAAACUCUUGGCCUACCCCCAUCCCCUGAAGAUUUUUCUUCAUAAAACUCCAAGAAAUAUUGUCAAAGGCUUUCUCUGCAUCCACAAAAAUCAAAACUGCUUUAGUAUUGAUCUCCUCUUGCAGCUUCUCCAGAAUAUCAAUUAUGUUCCUUGUGUUGUCCGAAAGAUGUCUAUCUGGAAGAAAGCCGGCUUGGUCCUUGUGAAUCACUCCUUUUAGCACUUUUUAAGCCUUUUUGCUAAGAUGUCAGCAAAAAUUUUGUAAUCCACAUUUAACAGGGAUAUGGGCCGGUAGUUCUUAAGCUGUGUCUUUUCAGUCUCAGCCUUUGGUAUAAGUGUAAUAAAUGCGUCUUUCCACGACUCUGGCGCUCUUUUCCCCUCUAAAAUUUCAUUACAAACCUCAGUUAAUGGUCGAAUUAACCAGUCUUUCAAAGUUCUGUAAUAUUUUGAGGUUAAACCGUCCGGUCCUGGAGAUUUUCCCAACUGCAUAUUCUGAAUGGCACCUUCAACCUCCUGUUCUGUAAUUUUAUAAUUCAACAAUAUCUUGUUAUCCUGAGAAAUUUUUGUAAUCCAUUGGUUUUCAAAAAUUGCUCUAUCUCAAAUUCUUUCUGAGGCCCUUGUGUGUAUAAUUGUUUAAAAUAUCUCUGGAAGCAUUUCCUAAUUUCUUCUGGAUUCUGGAUAUUUUUCCCUUCCACUUCCAAAUUAGUAAUAGUAUUAAGUUUUUGUCGUUUCUUCAACUGCCAAGCCAGCAAUUUCCCACAUUUAUUUGCCGAUUCAAAAGUCUUUUGUCUCAUUUGUUUAAUUUUCCAUUCCACUUCUUGAUUUAUCAAUUUCAUAUAUUGCACUUGGUGCAAUUUUAUUUCCCUCAGAAUCUCUUGUGAAUUGGGCUUCACUCUCAGUUUCUUCUCGCCCUCCUUUAUUUUUUCCAGAAUUUUUUCUUUCUUUACGUUUUGGGCCUUCUUCUUAAUUGAAUUCUGUUGAAUCAGGAAGCCCCUCAUAACAGCUUUGCUUGCGUCCCAGAUUACUCUUUUUCUACAGCUGUAUUCAAGUUUAUCUCAAAAUAGUCCCUCAAUGUCUUUUGGGCCUUCUUAAUCACCUCUUGAUCUCUAAACAAGGUGUCAUUCAUCCUCCAUCGGAAGGAACCAAUAGAUGUUAACUUCAUCUCCAUUCUCACGGCGUUAUGGUCGGAGCAUAUUUUUGGGCAGAUCUCUACCUUCUUAACCUUGGGUGCCAGUCCUCUAGUAGUCCAGAUUUGGUCAAUUCUUGUCCAUGUCUUUUGGGCUUCAGAAAAGAAGGUUCCUUCUCUAUCAAGGGGGUUCUUAGUUCUCCAAAUGUCAAUCAAAUCCAUAUUGUCAGUUAGUUCAAAGAAUGUUUUCGGUAGUCUACCAUCUUUAGUAACUACCUCUCUUUGUGACUUGUCCAUAUUUGUAGAAACCACCCCAUUCAUAUCUCCCAUGAAAACAGUGUUAUAGUCCAUAUAGUCCAUCAAGAUCUCAUGCAACUUUUUGUAAAAUAUAGAUUCCCCUCAUUUGGUGCGUAUACACCUACUAUCAAAAAUUUUUCUCCUUGUACUUGAAUUUCAAUUGCUAUGAACCUUCCUUGUUCAUCCUUAAAAACAAAUUUUGGUGAGAGGCUCUCCUUUGCGUAAAUAACCACUCCUCGUUUUUAACUUUGUCUGAUGAAAUAAAUUCUUGACCCAGUCUCUUAUUAAUCAAUAUUUUCCUGUGAAGCCUCAUCACAUGGGUUUCCUGUAAACAAAUUAAGUCCAAUUGUUCUUUUUAAGUAUAUGAAAUACUUUCCUCCCUUAUUCCGGAGAAUUCAGGCCACAAACAUUCCAAGUUAAAAGUUGCAGAGCCAUGAUGAUUUCUUUAUUUCCCUCCAACUGCUCCCAAUAACUCUUCUUCCUCUGUUGGUGGUUUCGCCUUCUCUGUCUUAUCCUCUCCCAACGGUGGUAAUGUAGGAUCCAAUCCUGUUAAAGGGGCUUCUGGCUCCUCCCCCAAUCCUUUUUGUAGGUCCUCUUGGUGGUCUCUCAAAAAGUUCUGUUUCUCCUCCACAGAUUUUAUUUUAAUUUUCUUGCCUUUAAAACUGAAAGAUAGGCCUUGAGGGAACUCCCACCUGAAAAAAUUCUAUUUCCUCUCAGCAACGUCACCAGGUCCCGAUAGUUAGACCUAAGCUCCAAAAGGAGCUUUGGAAUGUCUUUGAAUAUUUCUAUCCUUUUAAUAUUUUUAAUUUUAAUAUUUUAGAAAGGCUAGUUUUGUAAGUCAAUUGCUUCUGAUAUCUCCCAAAUAUAUUACAAUUAUGAAAACUUUAAAUUAGAAACUGGGCACUUUUCUUAAGAGAAGCUUCAAGAUUUCUGCAUGAACAACUUCCAGAUGACUAGGUCUCAGAACAAUGUAUAUGUACAGAGCGUCAUGCAUAAACCCAUCUGCAUUUUCAUGAUUGUAAAAAUGAUCAAAAUUUUAUCUUGGGAAGACUUGGUGACCUCAGUGUUUUGUUCUGGACAUCAAUGGUUGCCAUAUUUGGGAUUGGAUGAAAUCUCCCCCAAGUCUGAAUGGUGAGUCACCUGGGAUAUAUUUUGGUCCUCCAGCACCGAGAAGCAAUUUAUGUCAGCACUAGCUGAUUGAUUCUUGGGGGAAGAAAAUACCCCCAUUGAGUUGCCAUCACGAAGAAGGCUGUGUCAUAUCUCCAUGGGCUUCUGCUGAUGGUGGGGCCAUAAGAAAGCCCUGUUGCAGAUCUUAGCACACAGCCAGGCUGAUAACGGAAAGAGGUGCUCCUUCAGAUUCCAACUGAUUAGGGCUUUUAUACGUUAAUGCUAACUGAUUGUAUUGAGUUUGGUAGCCUAUAUGCCACUGAUGCAAAGUCUUCAAAAUAGAUGUGCUAUGGUCUCAUCUCAAUGAUCCAUCACAUUUUGCACUAGUUGCAGCUUCUAAACCAUCAAAUAAAGAUCAUAGAUAGCUUUGGCCAGGUUAUAUUGGACCAGGAACAGGCAUAGCUGGUACUCUAACUCUGACUUUGGGGCUACUUAAAUAAUAUAAAUUUACGUGCAUAUGCAUGAUUAGAAAGGAGAGUUUGGUCAAUGGUAGAAAAAUAAAAUGGUGAAUCAUAUUUAUGAUGCUUGUGCCAUUAUGUUCUAAUAAACUUUAUUUUGAGGAAGGUUUACAAGGUUUUGUUGCUUUCAGCAUUGAUCAAGUUAAGAAUCAGGCAACAGGUCUUAAUGUUACUUUAUUCUCUUUUCAGGUAAUGGGUUUUGGUUUGUAUCUGAUGGAUGGCAGUGUCAGUAACAUUUAUAAGCUGGAUGCCAAGAAAAGGAUAAAUCUGAACAAGAUUGACAAGUUUUUUAAGGUUGGUUAAGAAGGUUGUGUGUCUUUUGAAAAGGGAGUGGUUAUACAUUACUUAGGUACGUGGGUGGGUGGUCACCUGAGUGACUAGGCAUGUGAACUUUCCUGGCUCUGAUUACAUCAUGAAGGUGGUUUCCUACCUAUGAUUCCUAAAAUACAUAGGUUUGUAUCCAUUGAAGUCAUCCUUUUUGCACAAUGAUUUCUGCUUGUGCAGUGCAACUUCUCCUCCCUUUUCUUACCUUCUGCCCCUCCAGAUCUGUUCUCAAGUGUUCGGGGGACCUCCAGAACCAGAUGGGGGGGUUUAAGGGGAGAAGAUGUUUUAUUGUGCAAGUAUAUGUCGUUGGAUGCAACCCACUAUAUUUCAAGUCGACAGCAUGUCCAGAUGACAAAUUCCCCAAUGCUUAGUGUUGUCCUGAUGUUUCAAGCCAGAUGUGUGUGUGCUGAAGGCCCUAUUGCCAGCAGAAGGUGUUCGUUCUGCUGGGAAUGUUGUACCGUAUUUUUCGCUCUAUAAGACACACUUUUUCCCUUCUAAAAAGUAAGGGAAAAUGUGUGUGCGUCUUAUGGAGCGAAUGAAGGCUGCGCGGCUAAGCCCAAAGCCAGAACAGGGAGACGGAGCACUGCACAGUGCUCCAUCUCGCUGUUCUAGCUUGGGGUUAGCUGCACAAAGCCUCCGCAGGGCAGCGGGGUGCCUUCACCCCGCUGCCCUGCGGAGGCUUCAAAGGCUGUCCCUGAAGCCAGAACAGCAAGAGGCUAUCCCAGAAGCCAGAUCCCUCUUGCUGUUCUGGCUUCUGGGGUUCAGAAUUUUUUUCUUCUUGUCCCCCCCCCCCCCAAACUAGGUGCGUCUUAUCAUCUGGUGCGUCCUAUAGAGCGAAAAAUACGGUAAUUUGCCAGUACAAAGCACAGGGGAUUUCUUUUUUGGUACCUUUACAAAUUAAUAUUCUUUCCACGGAGAGUCAUGACUGCAUAUCAUAGAAUUGUAGAGUUAGCUUAUGUAUUUGCUGAUUGUGUGGCUAAGUCCUGAAUGAAACCAUAAGGUGCACAUAAUUAAUUUCGUUUAAUUUGUUUUCUCUUGAGUCCAGCAGCUGCAAGUAGUUCCACUGUUUGGCGACAUGCAGAUCGAACUGGCGAGAUACAUUAAGACUAGUGCUCACUAUGAAGAAAAUAAAUCUAGGUAAGAACUGAAAAUACACGCUAGCUUGCUUUUUCCAAGAACUACGAAAUUGCUCCAAGUCAUUCUUGCAGUUCACUUAAAGAAAAUUCAUCUGUGGGGCAUGGAUCUCCUUGCAAUGGGAAUGUAUAAUUUUUUUUUUUAGUAAUUUCAUGCUUUCUUUUCUCUUUUUCCCCUACCCUAGGUGGACAUGCACUUCUUCCAGCAGCAGUCCCCAGUACAAUAUCUGUGAGCAAAUGAUCCAGAUAAGAGACGACCACAUGCGUUUUAUUUCGGAACUGGCUCGUUACAGCAAUAGUGAGGUGUGUAGAUUAAUACAGGACAUGAGUCUUUGGAUGGAAUCAGGUUUUAUAUGCACCCAACCUGUUACGUUAGCAGUCCUAAACAUAAAAAUGUGCCCCUGUUUCUCGUACAGACUAAGUAGCGUUAGUCUUACACUUGCGUGGUGUCAGUAAAAUAUUUGCACCCUUUUGAGUGGCAAAGUACUAUUAGUGAAAUCUAAAUUUGUGUGUGUCAGUUUUCUAACAAGUUCCAUACCAGGUUUUUUUAAAUACUUCUUUAAAAACAACAAGUUUAUUUAUGAAAAUAUAUAGCCUGAAAAGGCCGCAAGGCAUAUGAUGUUCAUUACCCAGGACUUAAUUUGAUCACAGGGUUCAUUUCUUAAGUAUAUUUCAGCCUCAGUUCUAAAAUACGUGAAGGUGGAGAAAGAGCACAUUGGUAUAUUUAACUAUGGGUCUUUCCGUUCCCUACCCUCUUAUUAAGGGGAAAGAGUUCCAGACCAGAGUCAGCUUGACCAGUGGGGAAAAUAGUGGUGUAAAUGCUUGUUCAUCGUAAAUUAAAACACUACUCAUUUAAAGCACAUGUCUCCCCCACAAAGAAUUCUGCGAAUUGUAGCUUGUUAUGGGUGCUGAGUAAAAGGUAAAGGACCCCUGGACAGUUAAGUCCAGUCAAAGGCAGCUAUGGGGUUGCGGCGCUCAUCUCACUUUCAGGCCAAGGGAGCCAGCAUUUGUCCACAGACAACUUUCUGGGCCAUGUCGCCAGAAUGACUUUACCACUUCUGGUGCAAUGGGACACUGUGACGGAAACCAGAGUGCACAGAAACCUUCCCGCUGCAGCGGUACCUAUUUAUCUACUUGCACUGGUGUGCUUUUGAACUGCUAGGUUGGCACGAGCUGGGGCAGAGCAACGGGAGCUCACCCCAUGAUGGGGAUUCAAACUGCUGAACUUCUGAUUGGCAAAUCCAAGAGGCUCAGUGGUUUAGACCACAGCGCCACCCACGUCUGUGGGUGCUGAGUGGACCAGCAUGGGGCUACACUAUGGGGAAGUGGCUCCAAUAUUGUAAUAUGGAAAAUGAGCCUCAGCAUGUUUUUUUACAAAGGUUUGAAACCCGAAAAGCACACACAGAUGAUUUUGUUCUGCACUCUAAAACAAUUCAUGUUUAGCCAUAUAUGCACUGCAUGUUUUAACAAGCAUGCUUUUCAUUACAGGUAGUGACUGGAUCAGGCCGCCAAGAAGCUCAGAAGACUGAUGCUGAGUAUCGGAAGCUCUUUGACCUGUCUCUCCAAGGUCUUCAACUUCUGUCUCAGUGGAGUGCACAUGUUAUGGAAGUGGUAUGUGCAGGGCAGGCUGUGGAAAGUUCUAAAGAGCAGCAACUGUGAGGGGGAGUGGAAAUGUUUUGUUUCACUGUAAUCUUUAGAUGGCAUAUUAUAGAGCAGCAUGUGAUAUUCUGUUUGCACCCUUACUUGGAUGAGUUAAAGAUCUCAAAUAGACUCAAAGCUAUUAUGUGGAGCAUGUAUCUGAAUGUCACAUUUGUAGGCUGUGAAGGAAUUUUUCCGCUAGUUGAGUUGGCAUGAGAUCUUUGUGGGGUUUUUGUCCACCUUCCUCUUAGUAAUAUUCAUAUUAGAAUAUGAGAUUAAAAGCCACUGUUUCACUGUUAUGGCCAUUUUGCAGAAACCACUGGAAACACUUCCUUGUGGAAGAGUUCCCCAUCAUGCAAGGUUCAGUGCCAAAGCUACAUGUGGUGAACUUGGUAAAAAUAUCAAUACAUUACCUGCACACGCAGAAGCUUGCUUCUAUAUUCACAUCAUCACUUUGUUUUCUUAGCUUGGGGUGUUGAUCUUCCUAUUUUUAGGGCUUAGCAACUAUUGAUCUAAUGAAAUGCAGUUGCCUGUUCAAAAGCACAAUCGUAUAUAAGCUUUCAUUCAGCCUUAGUGGUGUAUUGCAAUUGUUACUGUGGUUUCUCAGUUCAGUUUUUGUCGGUUCUGGCCAUUCUUAACCCCCUUUGCAGUAUUCUUGGAAGCUGGUGCACCCAACGGACAAAUAUUCCAACAAAGAUUGUCCAGACAAUGCAGAAGAGUACGAAAGAGCGACACGAUACAAUUAUACCAGCGAAGAGAAGUUUGCUCUUGUUGAGGUAAGAAAGAGAAAAUGCCUUCUGGCCAUGAUCCCACCCCACCCCUUUUCAUGACAUGUGCUUUGUCUAAUUAUGUGAAAACCAAUUUUUUCCCCAUUCAGGUUAUAGCGAUGAUUAAAGGGCUGCAGGUUUUAAUGGGGAGGAUGGAAAGCGUCUUCAAUCAUGCCAUUCGCCAUACCAUCUAUGCCGCGCUCCAGGAUUUCGCCCAGAUUACACUUAGAGAACCGUUGAGACAGGCCAUCAAGAAGAAGAAGAAUGUCAUCCAAAGGUGGUGGCUAAUGCCCUCUCGUGCCAUUUAGCUUUUCUUUCAGAUGCGCAGUAUUUGUUAAAGGAAAACAUAGCACCUGAGAGCAUCUGUUAUAAUGCAGUGGGACUGUCUUGAAUUCUCCCAAUGGAAACUUGAGAAUGUUUUUUUGGAUGGGAUCCACAAAACUUGCUGUGUGCAAUGGCUCUCCAUCUCCUGGCCACCUGUAUUACCCAGUGUCCUACAGACCACGUGGCCCAGCAGCUGCGCAGUAUUGCCAGAGCUUCUGCAACUGGUCCAAGCAGUUGUGACAGCUCCAUGGCGGCCGUUGCAAGCUCUCUCACGCCAUACUUCCCACAGUUGCUGAUGAGCUACUCUGCAACUGUUCUGGCCAUUGAUCAGAUAUUGGGUGGCAAUGUACUGGCAUUAUAUGCCUGGCAUUAGUUAGGAAAGUAGGAAGAGGAUGCUGUAUUCAUAUCUCUUUGGCAGGGCUUUGUAGAUUGCAUCCUUAGUGAGGCUAUUGGGAAUUCGUUUCCUCCCAGAACUGCAGUUCCCUUGAGAGAAAGUAAUGACAAAGUCACUUUGCAUGAUGCCUAUUAAACAAAGCUAAACCAUACAUAUCCAGUAACAUUUUCCUUCACAAGGGUCUACAUUACAGUUGCAAUUUUAAUAAAAACAAUAACCAUAACUUUAUUAUUUAUAUGUCGCCCAUCUGACUAGGUUGCUCCAGCCACUCUGGGCAGCUCCCAACAAAAUAUUUAAAACACAAUAAAAUAUCAAACAUUUAGAACUUCCCUAUACAGGGCUGCUUUCAGAUGUCCUCUAAAAGUUGUGUAGUUAUUUAUCUUCUUGACAUCUGCUGGGAGGGCAUUCCACAGGGCGGGCACCACUACCCAGAAGGUCCUCUGCCUGGUUCCCUGUAACUUCACUUCUCACAGUGAGAGAACUGCCAGAAGGCCCCUGGAGUUAUAACAGUGCUUCAUAUGUGUGAAGGGGCCUCUACACAUUGAAGAAACAGCAGGCCUGUGCAAUUUGUCCAAGCACUGGCAUUGUACAGCUUCCCUCCUCACUACAACACCCAUGUGUUGAGUGCGGGCAUCUUAAGGGGAGAGCACAAGGGUCCACCUUCCAUAAAAGUUUAUGCACAUGGAUGUCUGUGUGUUGGAGUGAGGGCUACAGAUAUUCAUGCUCAGUGUGUGGAUGUUGGAGGCAGGUCUGGGAAGCUACUUGACCCUGCACUGUGACCCUCCUGUCCCUUUGACACACAACGCCCCCUUCAUGCAAGGAAAGGCGUUACUUGCACUUGAAUGGUAAAUCUGAAAGAAACCUGCUGUGUUCUCAAUUAUUUAAAAGCAGAGGUUUCCAGGCUUAAGAAUUCACAAAGGAUAUGGAAUGUUUGCUUUAGCCAAUCCGUUGGUGGAAAACGAGGCGUGUUCUCGAUAUGACAGUUUUAGCCGUCUCUGGAAUGUGUGGUGCCUUUCGAAUGCAUGUGUCAGGAUGCUUGUGGUUGUUACGGAAGAGUUCACACUUUUAUCAGGAACUCACAUGCCCUCUUGGAUUGUGACUAGCGUUCUCCAGGCGAUCAGAAAGACUGUGUGCGACUGGGAAGGUGGCCGUGAGCCGUUCAAUGACCCUGCGCUGAGGGGAGAGAAGGAUCCCAAAAGUGGCUUUGAUGUCAAAGUCCCGAGACGAGCAGUGGGCCCCUCCAGUACCCAGGUAAUUUCUCUCUCUCUCUCUCUCUUAAUUCUGGUAUGUGUGUCACUGACUUGAUACAGGAAUUACUGUGGAAUGAACCCAUUUAAAAAGAUUAGUUAUAUAAAUCCUGUGUAAAUCUGGAUUAGUAAAAAAAAAAACUCAUGCAGGGGUACUGUCAUUUUAAUUUUCUACGGUGAUUAUUCCCUUUCCGUGCCCCUCCCACAAGCCUUUCCUUUACAGCAUGUACCUCCUGUGGGAUUAAUGCUUCUAUAUUUAAAUUCUGUUUUUACAAAGUUUGAGUUGUUUGUAUGUCUGAUGCCCUCGUGUUUAUCUUCCUGCACUUAAAUGGUAUAUACCUGUUUUCAGUAUGGUGUGUGUGUACACACACAUAUACACAUGUAAUGACUUUUCUCUGCCUAUGCCUACUGUGGUUUAUUGCUGGGCUAUUCUCUUCUGAUAAAAUCUUUUCUUGGCUGUUUCUACUUGUGUGUAGAGAUGGAAGAGCCAUUUGCUCUGCUUGCAUUUUAAAUUGUGAACCUCCCUAAUUGGCAUUUCCCAAACCAAUAUGUGAGCUGAAAUGCAGCUACCUGUCGAACUUCACACUCUUGCAGUGCUGUUCUAAAAUCUAAAACAUAUGCAUACACCUGUACAGACAUACCUUGGAAGUUGAAUGGAAUCCGUUCCAGAAGUCGGUUGGACUUCCAAAACGUUGGACUUCCAAAAAUAAUUCGAAAACUGAAACAAUCACUUCCAGUUUUUGAUUGUUCGGGAGCCGAAACAUUUUAGUUCACAGACAUUUGGCUUCCGAGGUUCCACUGUAUUAGGGAAGACUGCACAAAAAUGUGUGUAUUAGUAGAAACAACAUACAAAUAAUGUGCAAAACUGCAUCAGGGAAAAUUGCUUGCAGAAUGUGUGUAUUAGGACAAAUGCACAAUAAAGUGCAAUAGGAUUUUAAUGCUGUGUUUAAAACCUAAAUCAUAAAAUGACACAGUAAUUAGGAGUGUACUGAAGAUUGAAAAAAUGAGAAUCAGAAUCCAAAAUUGGCAGACCGGGCCACCAGUACUUGUGAGUACAAUUAAGCUGUUUAUUUUUAUUUUUGUGUGAUGGUAAAAUACAUUUUAGUCAUUUAAUUUUAUUUAACAGGACUUACUCCUUAAUCAUCAAAACCUCUUAAUGUGGUUUAUAUAAAAUAUAACACACACAUCAAAAUUACCAAUAGAACCAGAUGUUAAAAACAAAUGAAUCUAAAAAAAAAUAAAAAUAACAUCAGUUUUUAAAAUGAACAUUAAAAUCACACAACUGUCAGGUUUUCCUGUCUGGCUAGGGUUGGUAGUUUUUAGCAGACGCUGGAAACAUUGCACAAUUCCAAAAUGUAAAUCUUGCCACUAAGAAGGAUUGAUUCCUUCCAAGUGUGGAAUGAACAUUAUUUGUCAUAUCCCAGUUCUUCAGAUUGAAGUGGUUGAGUGGCACAUAUGGGAUAAACCUGUCCCAAAUUGUUAAGGGCUUUAUUUUACCAAUAGUAACACCUAGUAACUGAUCAGGCUGCCUGUGCAGAUCUUUGAGCAGAGUUGCAAUAUACUGACAAGGUCUCACUCCUGCCAGCAGUGGCGCUGCAGCAUUCUGCAUUAACUGCUGUUUCUGGACCCAAGUGCAAAGGAAGCCCCACUCAGGGUUCAAUGCAGUAAUCCCAAUUUUGAAGUCAUCGGUGCCUGGACUACUGUGGUAAAUCUCUUCCAUUCCAGAAAUAGCCACGCCUGUCACAUCAGCCUCAGCUGGUAAAAGGUGAUCCUAGCUAUCAAGGCUACUUAGGCCUCGAGGGAGGGGACUAGAUACCGAAGCAUAUCUGCACCUUUAAGGAUAGUGCAACUGGCGAUUGGCCAAUUUCUUAGAUGCAGGAACCAUUCAUUCACAGUGCCUCUUGUCUUCCCAAGAUUCAGGCUCACCUUAUUUUCCACCCUCAAUCCCAUCCCUGUGUUUGGGCACCAUAGCCUUUCCUUGAUUCAGAUGUUGUGCAGAAUUAAGACCCAAAUCUCUUAAUGACUGCUUCAAAUGGCUUCGUAUAGAUAUUAAAUAUUAUUUGGGAUGAAAUAGUGACCUGUGGCACCCCAUUGCAUAACUGCCAGGGAGCUGAAAAACACUCCUAAUGCUCCUCUCUGGACUCGGUCCCAGACAUAGGACAGGAUCCACUGCAACACAGGGUUCCUAAUCCCCAUCCCAUGAAGGGGAUCCAGGAGAAUUCCAUGGACAAUCUGUAAGGUGUCUGAAAUUUUUCCUGCACCAUCUCCCCACCUUUUGCAUUAAGCACCCCAAAUUUGGUAGCCAUAUUGCUCUCCUUACUAUUUUGAAGGGAGAUCUCAAACAUCUGACUUUAUUGAGCUACCCUUAAUGUGAGGAGGAAUGUAACAUUAUUAUUAUUAUUAUUAUUAUUAUUAUUAUUAAUAUGCCACUUUUCAUCAAAUGAUCUUAGGGCAGUUCACAGAAUAAAAUACAAGAUAAACACAAGUAAAUAACUAAACCAAAACAACAAAGCAAUACCACCCCCAACUGUCUUGAUUGGUUAGCUGAACAGGAUGAGUUUAUUGAUUCACACACACACACACACACACACACACUUCCCCAAAAAUCUAAUAUUAGGAAAACUCUGUAAUAAUUGUAAUAUGCGAUAUAGUAGCUUCUUCAAUAUUUUAAAACUCAGUGUAAAGUUUGAACACAUAACAUGGUAAACAUGUGACUUAGCCACAAUGCAGAGGUGGUGACCAGUCCCACAAUAAGCAAUAGCAUUUUGGAUUUGUUCAUCAUGAACCCAUGCUGUGCUGUGAAAGAGUUUUGAAACCUUAAAACUUUUCAAAAUCAGAUUGUGAUAUGGAAUGGAGACAGAUGGACAGGGAAACUCUGAAGUUCGGUGGUGGUGGUGAACUAUUUCUUGUUGGUGCAAUACUUUGGGUGCAGCUGUAGUAGCUUUAUAGAUUGUAGUAUAAACUUGUCAUCACUGUACCCCCCCACCUCCCUGUGGUUCUCCUUUUUACAGUCUGUUCCACCCUUAUCUUUUCCUUCCUUCAGCUCUUCUUCUUUCUCAUAGUAUAACAGCCUGUUCAUUUUUGAGAGAUAAGAACAUUCCAAACACAGCAGCCUUGGAGCCAUCUUGCUGUGUAGUUUUGUGCAUUGCUGCUAUUUAUUUAAUUUAUGAAUCGCUUUCCCAUAAAACAUUCCAAAGAGAUUUUAGUGCUACAGCAGGUAACAUCUUGCUGUGUUGCAACUGGAAAUCUUUGUAAUUGGGGAAACAAAUUCCCAGUGAAUUUUGCCCAAGACAUUGUGUAUCUUUUACGACUUGUAGGGAUACAAGAGUCCAAAUGGCAUCGUCUUAUGGGCAGCAUUCUCAGCCUUUACAAAAUGAACAGGCAAAACAACAAACCUGUCCACCUUUGAUGUAGACCAGGGUGGCUUCCGCAUACAUCACUGUCUUGCUAUUCUUGUCUUAACAAACUAAUAUACCGUACAUUUCUUCUGGUUUUGUAUUUUCUCCUUUUCUUAUUUACCCAUGUGGUUUGUUUUUUUAAUUAACGGACUCUCUCUUCUUCCCCCUUUUUUGCCUCUUCCUUUUCUGUUGGUUUUUAGCUCUACAUGGUCCGCACUAUGGCAGAGUCCUUGAACUCUGCUGAGCUGUUGAAGCAGCUCAGAUCUCUGGGAAUGGAAAAGUUAUUGCAUGUGAUAAACAAGUUUCUGAGGCAGUCCUACAUCUAUCCCACUCUUUUAAACUAUGGUGGUAAGGCAUUACUUAUUAUUUUUUAAUAGUGUGGUGACACAAACUGUUCCAUUGCAAAUUGUGGGGCUUUCUUCUUCUUUCUCUUUCUCCCCUCACCGCCUUAGGUUUAAUGACUUUUGAACUUCCUUAUCAGGUUUCAGUUUGAAGUGGAGCAGUCUUUGCGUUGGGCAGUGUGCAUCCGUAAUGCUGAACUAAUGUUCCAUAUUGUGUUUUUCCCCCCUGUCACGAAUGUUCUGUUCAAUAACACAGCUUUACAUGGUGAGAACCAUGUUAGAGUCCCUCAUUGCUGACAAAAGUGGCUCCAAGAAAACUUUGAGAAGUAGCCUUGAGGGGCCCACCAUAUUGGACAUAGAAAAAUUCCACCGAGAGUCUUUCUUCUACACUCACUUGAUAAAUUUCAGUGGUAAGAUACACAGAUGAUCAGUGUCCAGCUUUAGCAUGUCCUAAUACCUCUAACAUAACCUGGGAAUAUGUUUCCGAUUUUGUGUGGCUUACUUUUGUUUUAAAACGAUCGCCUGGCUGCUCUUAGAAGCAGGGAUUCUGGGCGACAUGGACCCCUUGUCUAAUCCAGCAAGGCACUUCCUAUGUUCUCAAUGUGUUGGAACAUUGCAGAUAACACUGGAAUUAAGAGGUUAGAUGCUUCAUAUGCUUUUCCAGUUGGCACGACUUUCCUUUCUUCCUUCGCAAAAAUUUCAGCAUAAUAAGAGGUCCCAGUAUUGAAAUCUGCUUAAAAUGGCAAAAACGUGUCUGCUAAGUCCUUUUUCUUCUUCUUCUAAAGAGAGAAACCUAAUGCCAUGCCUUGGGUAAAACAAUUUUCUUUGUUUUGGCUGCCAUUCUCUCUACUGUUGGCUGUAAUCGGAAGCAUGUUGUUUUAGUGGAUUCACCUACUGACAUGUCUCUAGUCUAGUCGUACCACGUUGUGUUGUCUUUCCAACUCAUGCUGUUAUUGGAACUCUGCUUUGGAUGGGAGGAAGACUUUAUUCAUGUUUAUAGUGUUGUUGAAGCGUAAUGCUCUUCUCUUUCAUUAGCCCUAGUGCCCUUGUUGUGCUUCCCGAGUUCAGUGAUUCCCAAACAGUGAAUUCGGGACCCUCUAGUACCUUUUGAAAUAGGUCCACCACCAGCAAUAUUGGGCUAGCACAAAUCAGAAUGACAACAGAGCAGACAAUCUUUGCUCAUUUCUGCCAGCUGCAAUAAAUGUUCAUAAAAGCAAGGCUUCCUAUAUGCGCACAUCAGACAGGUUGCUGAAAAUUUUUCUGUACCCAGCCCUAGUAAAUGAAUUGCCAAGGCUGAAAAGGAGACUCCUUAGAGGUCUGAGGUAUGCACUUUUGAAGUUUGGGAAUCACUGCUCUAGUCGACUGAAAACACUGCUGCUAUGACGAGCUGGAAGGAACCUUUGACAUAUCGGAUAGUGUCUUAUGAGCAAUUUCACUUGCUGUAAUUACUUUCUGCCCCUCCAUAUUAAAAAAAUUGUACUAAUUUUGAUCAACACAUACCAUACGGAGUGAGAGAAUUCCACCAUUUAAUUGAGUGAAUAGAAGAAUGACAGAUGUUGCAAGACAGUCCCCUCUCUUCUGCACUUCCUUAUUAACCAAAGCUGGGAAAUGUGGCAUUCAUGGCACUAGCACAAGCUGGGAGACCAGUUUAGAAUGUGUGGGCAUGCAUCUGUGCGCCCCUAAAUUGUCUAGUUGGCCAUUCUUCCAGUAGUGUUUUCAGUGAUGAAACCAUUUAUGCUUCUGCUGGGUGGUUGUUGAUAGCAGCUGUAUUUAACUUUGUAGGUUCUCCAUUUGAAAACCGGUUUUGGUUUCCUUUCCAUGCAUAACUCUAGUCACCCUCUUUCACUUUCGUUUGUUCAUUCAUACAACACCUGCACCGCUAGAAUAGUGCUGCUUCUGUGUGUACGUGUGCUUAUUUUCUCCCUCGCAAGAGUAUUGAUUCGGUAUCAUUUCUUCUUUCAUAAGAAACCCUGCAGCAGUGCUGUGACUUGUCCCAGCUGUGGUUCAGGGAGUUCUUUUUGGAGUUGACAAUGGGCAGAAGGAUCCAGUUUCCCAUUGAGAUGUCUAUGCCUUGGAUUCUGACCGACCACAUUUUGGAGACCAAGGAAGCAUCGAUGAUGGAGUAAGCCUGAUGUGAUUCUGUCACUUCUUGUUGAGUAGUAGAUGCAGAAAAUUCUGACGACGGUGAUAUUAGAGGCUUAGUGGGGUAGUCUAGGUAAACAGAAUAGGAACCUCCUUUUCAAGUAAGAAGUUGAAGGAGGACAGGUGGCCCCCAGAAUUACCUCCUCUCCACUCACCCACUUUUUCCAGCUUCAGAUUGUCGGAGCAGACAAACAUCCCCCCCACCCCCUGGAUGCUGGGCUCUGCCUGUUGUCUUCUCAGGUCAUCUUCAGCCCUAAGAUUUUUCAAGACCUCCAUUGCCCACUUUACUCAUGGGCUAAGGAUGGGUUCAGUUUUACCAGUCAUUUCCCUCUUUUUCUGCUUGUAACAUUCUUCCUCCACUUCUAACAACCACUUUAGAGUUCCUUGGCUUGGUUCAGAAGAGCUGCUAGGGUACUGGAUUGCUCAAAAAAGAACACUCUUGACACAUUCUUAGCUACCUCUAGUCAGUCUUUGUGCCACAGACGUUCCCAUGGCCUUUUCGUUUCAUUACCUUUGGGUAAUGUAUAUAAUAUUGGAGCAUCCCUUCUUCCCACUUGUAGUCGUGAUGGUUGGAACUGGAGUAUUUCUAGAUUGUGACUCAUCACCAGCUUUGCACAACUAUAUGCUUGCUAGUUACCAGAAUUUUGGAAUGGAUAACUUUUGCGUUUUGUUGAUGGCCAUUUAUACACUCAUUGUAUUCAUCUGUGGCAAGUCUAUUAUGUCAGGGGACAGGAAUAUUUUACGCGUGUGCCUGAAAAAAUAACAUAUUGUCUUCUUUUAGAUACGUUCUGUAUUCUUUGGAUCUUUAUAAUGACAGUGCCCACUACGCACUUACCAAAUUCAAGAAGCAGUUCCUCUAUGAUGAAAUUGAGGCAGAGGUAAGAUAAUUGAAUCUGUGCUGAUGGUUGAAAAUCUGUUCAGCAUCAGCACAUGCGAUUGAAUUUAUUAUUAGAUAAAGAUGAAGAGAUGGUGUGAGGAGAACCAGAGUGAAUGACAGGCACACAAAUGCAUGUUCAUAAUUUGCAUGCAGGGAACAAGCAGUAGUGAAUCUAGCACACAGACAUUCCUCAUGCCUAGGUCGUUGGAACAAAAUUUCCUGCGAUCCAGUGCCACCCAUGUGUGAUAUUAUUUUAUUAUUAAAUGCAUUUUCAUUGCCUUUCUUCUCACAAAAUCCCCCAAGACAGUGUACCGUUUAGGCAGAACAACGCAGGUUAAAACACCUAGUAGAACAAAGCCGUUAUUAAAACCAGAGAGUGGAAUUUACAACCCAUCAAAAGCCUGGUGGAACGAAACAGUUUUUACAGCCCACCUAAAGCUGCUCCAGCCCUAACUUCCCAAGCGAGGGAGUUCCACUGUUGGGCACUGCAGCAGAAAAGACCCAGUUGCAAGUACCGACCAAGCUUCUCUGGGUGGUGAAUUUGAACUGACCCCAUUAAGAAGAAUUGUGCUUGAAGCUGCAUGGAUGUGCGAAGGCCUAGACAAGCAUAAGAAACUGCCUUAGACUAGGUCAGACUGUGCCUCUCUAGAUCAAUGCUGCACAUGCGUGCUGCUUGUUGGUGUUGAUGUGGUAUCCCCUUUGUGUAUGGGGCUCAGGGCAGUCCUGUUUCCCCCCCGCUUCAUGCGCACAUGCUCAUUGCCUACACCCUAAAAGGGGGGGGGGGGCGCUGGUGCAAAUGGAAAAUGUAGUCUACAAAGGCUGCAGAAGUAGAUUUCCAAAGGGAAAUGUGCGUAAGUAAAUACUGUGUUUUAACUGAACAAUUCAUAUGUUGCUUCUUCAGGUCAAUUUGUGCUUUGAUCAGUUUGUCUACAAGCUGGCAGACCAGAUAUUUGGAUACUACAAGGUGAUGGCAGGAAGGUAAGUAGUCGUGUUAAGCAACUUUUUUAAGCGUUCAUGUUAUGAUUUUUGAAAUGCAGCUUUUCAUCAACUGUUCAUCAAAUGUUCUCCCUUUCCAAAUAGCCUGCUUUUAGAUAAACGGUUAAGAUCAGAAUGCAAGAAUCAGGGAGCAACGAUUCCCUUGCUAACAUCUAACCGGUAUAAUACACUCCUAAAGCAGAGACAUGUUCAGGUUAGUAAGUAUAUGGCAUUCUUGGACUCUCCCCCCCCCCCAUCUUAAUUAUCUCUCCUUCAACCCCACUGUGUUGAUGCUUGAGGCCCAUCUUACAAUUGCUUAAAUGUACGAGACACAAGCUUGUUUUUCGAUCAACUUGGCUUUGGAAAUCUUUUGGCAAAGUCUCUCACAAAAGGGUCUGAAAGUAAACCUAGCAGCUGAGUGGGUGGUUUUAAGUCCUGGUUUAAGUCACUGAUUUGAUUAAAGUUUCCAGCUUUGUUUUCUGAACAAGCAAGCAUUCUAACUGGGUGCAAUUAAAAUAUAUAGUUGUAAUUCAGGAAACUCUUUGGAUGGAAGAUCAAACAGGAUGAUCUACUCUAGGUUGGCAAAUGUUUCUGACUCCUUGUUUAAUGAUAGCAACAAAUAACAAAAAGGCACCCAAAUAGGUUGCUGAAAUGCAGAGAGCUUGAAGGGAAAGGAAUAGGGAUUGGAUUUGGAUGUGAAAGGACUUCAGGCCCAGUUCUGGUACUGAAAACCAGUUCCUGGACUGAGCAUGCCCUUGGAGGCACCUUAAUUCUAAAUAAUUGCUUCCACUAAAUCAGGUAGGGGUAACUUUGGCUCCCUGAUGUUACGGAACUGUAAUGCCCAACAUCCCUGGCCAUUCCUGAUAGGGCUGAUGAAACAACAUCUGGAGAGCCAAAGGUUCCCCACCUUCGCCGUAAAUGAAUGCUAAGAGUAUUGCUGUCCCACUGAGCCACAGUUUUGCACCAGAGUCCAGUUGUUGGACCAAUUGGGUUUUGUUCUAGAUCCUUCAAGCCUGUAGUCUACCCAUCUUCUGAUUUAUACUACUCAGGACCAGAAUACAUAACCUCUGCUCAUGCAGCCCAUCUACCUUUUUGCACUACAGAAUUUAGAUCUUCUUAAGAUAGCAAUUGUGAAAGUUCUACUUUCCACCUCUAUACAUGUAUGUAACAGUGCUAAGCAACAAGGAACCCUAAAAGACAAGUGCUGGUAGUCAGUAGGCAGAACAUUACACAGAGAAACUAGGUUUCUGUGCAGUUUGAUUUGCUAAGUAUUCAUAAUUUGCUCAUUAAUUUACUGUAAUGUAUAGAGCAAUCCUAAUUCAGCCUUAGCUGAGCUGCUGCUGCUGCAGACAAAGAUGAUCAGAGCAGGGUGGAAUUUUUUUCUUUUCUUUUAACAAUGAUGUAAACAAGAUUGUAUCCUAUAUAGGAUUGCAUUCUCUGUAUAGAUUUGGGAAACUUGCGUCUCUCUCUCUCUGUGUCUGUGUACAUAAUAAUUUGAUACAACAAUUUGGAAUUUCUUUUGCUUCAGCUUCUUGGUCGGUCAAUAGAUCUGAACCGCCUGAUCACUCAGCGAAUUUCAGCAGCCAUGUACAAAUCCAUGGAACUUGCCAUCGGUCGGUUUGAGAGUGAGGACUUGACCUCCAUUGUUGUAAGUGUUGAGGCACAUGAGUGCUGCUCAGAUUCAUGUGAGGUCAGGAAUUGGCUGAAGAUUUCAAGUUCAGCAACGUGUCUUAAACCGUUGCUUUCCUAAUAUUGCACCAGGUUAAUGAGGGGAAGGGGGGAACUCUUGUAACAUGGCACAUCUCUUCCUCCACCGCCCCAUCAAAUGUUACCUUUUUCUUGACUGCUCAGAUGUACUUGGGAUGAGAGGAGGUGAAACAACUCCAAUAUUUGUGAGCCUGGUUUUAUGUCACGGCUAAUGGGAAGCAAAAGUUGAAGAGCUCUUAAUGUCAGGAAGUGUAGUUUUUAGUUCAAGAAGCUCCUCUUCCUUAAACCUGUGUUAAUAAAAUAUAGAAAUUUCACCUGUGGGCAUUAAUUGGAUCUCUGUGGGAACCAGACAGAGGGCCUUCUCGGUAGUGGUGCCCGCCCUGUGGAACGCCCUCCCAUCAGAUGUCAAAGAGAUAAACAACUACCUGACAUUCAGAAGACAUAUUAAGGCAGCCCUGUUCAGUGAAGUUUUUAAUAUUUAAUGCUGUACAGUUUUUAACACUUGAUUGGGAGCCCCCCAGAGUGGCUGGGGAAACUCAGGCAGAUGGGCGGGGUAUAAAUAAAUUAUUAUUAUUAUUAUUAUUAUUAUUAUUAUUAUUUAUUAAUUUUUAUUAUAAUUAUUAUUGUGAAGACACAUAAACAAACCCUUCACAUUCAAAACUAAAGUUGUCUGCUAUUAGGAAGAGAUUUUAAAUACAAAAGAAUGGUAACUCCUCUGUGGAUUUUAUUCUGUCUUUAAAAAGCAUGUAAUACUUGACUGUUGGCUUAUAAGCAUGUGCGGAUUUUUGUGGUCACAUUCUUAAAGCUUCUGUUUUGUUGUAGACUUUGGAAAGAUUUUCAAUCUGCCCUUCCCUCCCUCUCACUGUCUCUUUCCUUCCUCCUUUAUUUAUUUUUGCUUCUUCUCAGGAAUUGGAUGGACUGGUUGAAAUAAACAAGUUGACACACAAGCUUCUGAGCAGAUACAUGACUCUAGACAGCUUUGAUGCCAUGUUUAGAGAAGCCAACCAUAAUGUAUCUGCUCCGUAUGGAAGAAUCACCCUUCAUGUCUUUUGGGAGCUCAAUUACGAUUUUCUUCCGAAUUACUGCUACAACGGGUCCACUAACAGGUUGGUGUCACAUAUUGUAGUGUGUGUGUUUAAUUGCAUUUAGCUUCACUGACUCUGAUACUGACAAUAUUUGGAAUCUACCUUGGUUUGCCAAAUAGCUACAUCUUAGCAGUUGCUCCACAAGCUCAGAAGCUUUGUUAAGAACAAAAAUUAAUUUUACUCGGAAUACAUUGGGAUUAAAAAAAUAAUAAUGUGCAUUUUUAAACAAACAAACAAACAAACAAAAAACCUAGCACAGGGUGUUGCGUGUUCAGGGAUUUCUAAUUGUCUUCUGUGAGAAAGAUUACGCUAAGCGUGCACGAUCGCUUCCUUUUCAAAGAAGAAAAUUAACUCCCUGCAGCUGCAGUGCUCAGUGUGCAGGAACUGUUGGCUUGUGGCCUAAAUAUUUAAGAAUAUACAGUAUAAUAAAUUACAAACAUUUUAGCUGCCACCUCCAGCUUCUUUUCAUCCAGCAAACGUCAGAUGAUUUUACAUGUUUUCCCCCCACAUGCAUUAUUACAUAUACGCUGGUAGUUUUUUUUUAAUUGUUCUCAUCAUGUACAUUUAGUGGAAUGUCAUCCUCUAGUAGCCUACAGUUUUAUAUGAUGAAACUGUUAUGCAUGAAGAGGAAGGUUGAAUGAACAAAGACUUGGCUGGAGGUUAUUUAAGCAGAACAGACUAUGUAAAAGAAGUAGGCCCUGAGUCGCGUUUUCUAUGCCUACUUAAAACUCACCUGCUCACCCAGCUGUUUCCUGGCUAUUAACUUGCUUAUAAUCAGUAUAUAUUUUUCUGGGGGUACUCAAAGGUACACAGCAUCGGCAUCUUCCCCUGCCCUCCAAAUGUUAAAAAUGUGGCACUUACUGUAACAACUUCAUGGUGUGGACUGCCACCUUCCCCCCCCUCCAAAUAACACCUGCAUAGGUGUUCGCUGCCAACCCUGUCUCAACGCAAGUCCUCCUUGGCCACACACAGCCUUGUUCUGUGUGAUCGAAGCAGGAACAACCUACAUUGGCAUGCUAUAGAUGGGACACCUGGAUUCCUUGCAGGGAGGUGUACCAUACCACAGUGUAGGACCAGAAAAGUGCUGUGUAUGUAGGUGCACUUAUGUAAAGCCAAUCCUGGGAUCUGUGUGUUUAUGUGCACACUGGGUCUUAAGUUUACUGAGCAAAAGUGCAUUCUUAAUGGGGUGGAGGAAAUUAUAGUCACUGCCUGACCUAUUCUUCAGACAGUGGCUGAACAUAGUUCUUACGCUUACCAAGUUCUGAUUGUUGCGCCCUGGAGGUCUUUUGGGAAGAAAAUGACCUCAAGUCUUUCAUAAAUAUCAGAUAGAUCUAAAUAACCGUGUGCAUGAAGGAAAUAGCUGCUAGCGGCUGCUACCACCAGAAUACAGUAUAGGACGUGGGUGGCACUGUGGUCUAAACCACUGAGCCUCUUAUGCUUGCUGAUCAGAAGGUCAGCAGUUCGAAUCCUCAUGACGGAGUGAGCUCCCGUUGCUCUGCCCCAGCUCCUGCCAACCUAGCAGUUUGAAAGCACGCCAGUGCAAGUAGAUAAAUAGGUAUUGUUGUGGUGGGAAAGUAAACGGCAUUUCCAUGUGUUCUGGCUUAUGUCACGGUGUCCCGUUGUGCCAGAAGCGGUUUAGUCACUGCUGUCACAUGAGCUGGAAAGCUGUCUGUGGACAAACACCGGCACCCUCAGCCUGAAAGCAAGAUGAGCACCACACCCCAUAGUUGCCUUUGACUGGACUUAACCAUCCAGGGGUCCUUUACAGUAUAGAUGCUCAGUAGUCUUUUCAGACCUGGAACCUCCUUUUAGUCUAAGCAUGUUUUUCUUAUUCUCCCGCUGCUCCCCAAUUUAUUUGUAUGGUAAAUAAUUUUUUAUGGUAAAUAAAUGUAUUUAUUUGUACCAACCCUUUAUAGCAGUUCUCAGGCUUUUACUUGUGCAACCUCUUGAAACAAGCCUUUACACUAGUGGAGUAUUGCACUAGUGGGUUUAGCUUCACUUGCCUCAGCAACCCUCCGGGAUGAGGUACAUUUUCUGUCACACAUUGGACACUGCCCUCAUUUGCACCUUAACAUUCCUAAGGAAAAUUGGUUGUUCUAACGUAUUUAAAAAGUUCUUCUCUCCACACACACAAUAUAUAUAUAUAUAUAUUUGGCAUUCAGCCGCUAACUCACUGGGAAUUCUUAAUUCUGUGUAGUACUACUUGACGCUAAAGAACUCAAGUUAACAGGAUAAUCAGUUAGAUACAGUGGUACCUCGAGUUACAAACGCCUCAGGUUACAAACUCCACUAACCUGGAAGAGUUACCUCGAGUUGAGAACCUUGCCCCAGGAUGAGAAUGGAAAUUGUGUGCCGGCGGCACAGCAGCAGCAAGAGGCCCCAUUAGCGAAAGCACGCCUCUGGUUAAGAACAGUUUCAGGUUAAGAACAGCCCUCCGGAACUAAGUAAGUUCGUAACUAGAGAUACCACUAUAUAUAACAAUAGGUAGGUUAUACACAAUCACUAUAUUUAUGGCCUUAGCUGCUGCAUCAGCUACAAUACGUACAUUUAAUCUUUUGCUACAAACAUAUUUUAUUGUGCUAAUUGUUUGUUUUCGCUUAAAAAAACAACCAACAGCUGCAAACUACACCCAUUUUGUUCUGUGGAUUUUAUAUUGAUUUUAAAUUGUUAACAGGUUUUUCUGCAUUUGCAAAAAAGCUUUUUAUGACUAGGGUCAAGUAUUGAGGUCAUUCCUGAAGAAGCAUUACGUUCAAACUGCACUUUAAGCUGCACUGUUUGUAAUGGUUUGCUUUUGAUAAUGAAGUGAGAUUAAAUAGUUGGGUGGUGUGCUAUUAAAGCAAGCGGGCAUUUACUAAUUGCAUCUAUUUGUAUUUGGUUUUCUGUGCAUCUAUAAGACCAAAUGAGAAGGGUGUUGAUUUGGGAACAUUAGCAAGGAAAAAAGGAAGAGAGGCAUUGGAAUUGACAUCAAAUGUCCGUGGUGCUCCUUACAGGAUGUGCAGUAGCAUAAUGGCCAGGGCUUUACCUGAAAGUAAGCCCCACUGAAUAUAGUGGGACUUCAGGUAAACUCACGCUGUAAGAGUGUGAGUUUGAGGUGGUUUUAAGCAUGCUACUGUUCCUAAGUCACAGCCCCUAGGCUGAGGUGCUAUAUAAAUAUGUAGCUGCAUAAUAAGCAAGUUAUGUUUCUGUUUUGUCUUGGAUAUGUUUAUUAUCAUAAGAUUUGCAUUUUCCUCACAGAGGAAAUAGGGGAGUGGGGGAAGAGAGUGCUGCUGUACUCGGGUCCUGUUUGUGGGCUUCUCGCAGGCAACUGCGGCCAUUGUGAAAACACUAUAGGUAGAUGGGCCACUGGUCUCAUCCUUCAGACUUUUCUGUUGUUCUUAUGAUAUCAAGAAGUAAUACUUGAUAUCUUAUGAUAUCAAGAAGGAGCACUUUAGAGCUCCUUACUCACAAUGUGAUGGUAAUCUCUACAAAAACAAGCCUAUAAGGUAGGCCAGUACAGUGGUACCUCGGGUUAAGUACUUAAUUCGUUCCAGAGGUCUGCUCUUAACCUGAAACUGUUCUUAACCUGAGGCACCACUUUAGCUAAUGGGGCUUCCCGCUGCUGCUGCGCCGCCGGAGCACAAUUUCUGUUCUCAUUCUGAAGCAAAGUUCUUAACCCGAGGCACUAUUUCUGGGUUAGCGGAGUCUGUAACCUGAACCGAUUGUAACCUGAAGCGUAUGUAACCUGAGGUACCACUGUAUUACUUUCCAGGGAUACUAGUCUACUUCUGUUUGAUCCUUUUACCGUUUUGAUACAUCAGUGUUUGGAGUAAUAGUUUGCACAUUGUGUUCUUGUACCACCUUGUCCAGCUAAUGCAAAUUAGAAAUAUUAUUUCCAGUGCUUUGUACAACCUGUCGCUAACAUUCAGUAAAUAUUUUGUAGUUGUAUUCAGUUUUAUUUAGAUGGUGCCUCUUUUGUCUGAAACUCAUGCUUGGAAUUGUACUGCCUGAAAGGGAAAUGAAAACACUUUAAAAACCUGGGUGGUGUUUUUGUCAAUUGCUCCCACCCUCCCCCCAAAAAGCGUUGGUAACAUUUUGAUUUGUGUAAUCUACUUUACGUCGACUGCUUAGUGCUCUGCUGAUGAAAAUGAGUAAAUUGCUAGGAAAGUCAUCAUCCAGAGAUUAAAAAGUGGCAUGACCUGAUUAUAUUGAUGCAUGCCAAAAAAAACUCUACAAUUUAGCAACAUAGCGUAGCAAAGUAGAUUUUGGUGAAAUAAUUUUAUCGGAGAAGCUAGAAGGAAAACACAUCAUACUGAAGGCGAAUGUGCAUUAUUAAUUUGGGUAUUUUAACUCUGUAGCUGGUCUCUCUUAGCUGUUUGAACAUGUGAGAGAAAUUAUAAAAGUUAUCUGAAGUUAAAAACAGGGAAUGUUGGUGGGUCGAAGCCAGGGUGUGUGUUCUAAAAGUAGCCUUCAGGAGCGCCUAAACAUUAUUGAAGAUGUCUGGAACAGAUCCUUGCCAAUGGCCAGUACAAUAAAGUUAUUUGGAUUGGACAAGAUGCCAGAAAAAAAGAGUUCAAGAGGACUGUAGAAAAAUCUAACACCACUUCUGUUUAGUGUGGGCCAUUCAACCACAGUGUGCUAUUGAUCAGUAUAUUAAUGAGCAUUCAUUGUAAGAGGCUUUUAAGGGUUGCAUCUAAUGGUGUACUCGUCUGAUAGUAAGCUUUCCAUCAAUGGGAGGGAAGCAGUUGUUGGCAAUUCCUGCUCUUCCUUUACCUCCCCCUUUGCUGGUAAAUCUCCCCCAUUUUGUUGACAGAAACCUUACUGAUUAGAUAUAAACGUGUGUAUCACUUACGCAAGAGACAAUAGCAAAAAAAUGUGCAUCAAUACAUAGUGAAACAUAAACCAAACAUUAGUUUGUAUGGGAUCAUAACAUCAUGUCAGUAACUUCAAUCCAAAUGAUACUCCCUUCUGGGAAGAAUCCAAAGCUUGAACAAAUAAUGGACUUGUAGCUAGCAUGGAAAGAUCCAAUCCCUCAUCCCCACCCCCGUUUAAUGUAAUCAAAUCUUCUAUUCUGGAGUUUUCAUACUAUCUACAGUAUAUAUAAAUCCUGUGAUGCACGAGAAAAGAUUUCCCCAUCAUAUCCCUCAGAAUUUCAGCUCCACAUUAGAAAUAAGCUGGCUGUUUUUCCAAAUGUGGUGUAGAAAUGUAAAUUGUUGUGUUAUCUUGUUUGUUUUAUAUAGGUUUGUUCGAACAGUACUACCAUUUUCCCAGGAAUUCCAGAGAGAUAAGCAGCCUAAUGCACAGCCACAAUAUCUGCAUGGAUCAAAGGUUAGAAUUUUCCCAUACUUGUUUUUUUCUGUGGUAGAUGUUGGAAAAUUACACCCCACAGCUUAUGAGCUAUUAAUACUUGCACCAUGUUUCUUUAUUAUCUUCUAUCUUAAGCAUAUUUGUACUGUACAAAUCAUAUGAUAUUAUUAUUUGUUUGAUUCUGAGAGAUACACUAGAUAAAAGUGAGGAUUAAUGUACCAAGGUACUGGUCCAUUUCAGACACAAACAAUACAGGAUUUUGGCUUUUGUGUUUUGCCCCUCUCCCUUGCGUGUUCUGAUUACCUUUGGUUUUUCCCCUGGUUUGAACAAACUAUAGUUUCCUGCGGCAUCAGAAUAAUAGAGCAAACCAUUUAUUGCAUCCAAAGCAGAACUGGAAAAUUGUGAUUGUGAUUUGAAGUUUCAUGGCAGAUAGUAGCUCAUGGGACACCUGAAAGACCUAAUGCAGACUUACUCUGUGUUAGAACCCAAAAACAAUGAUUUUCCGUUCUCAUUUUACUUUAAGCACUAUGUGUGAAAUAUAACUAAUCACAAAUGACUGAAAAAAAUGGUAUUCAGUAUCACUGAACAGUAAAAGAGCAGUGGCAUCCUUUGUAAAUGGCCAGUGCAACAUCUUUAAAGGGCGGAAUCAAACCUUUGAAAAUAACCAAUGAAAAUAAACCCUUAUUAAGUGUUAGGUGAAUAAGUAGUCUCCUAAGAAAGACUCGUUCGGUAUUUAUUUGGCAAACAUCUACCUUGUGUGGCACCUGAGUUUUUUUUUAUUUGUCUAUCUUAGUUGUACAACCUGUUAGAUAAUCCACAUGCCAGUUUCCUUUAUGGUAUUAAAAACUGGAAUAUGUCACAGAUUAUUUACACAUUACUGUGUAAAUGAAAACAGAAAUAUUUACAUGUUGCGAGGCUUAGGUUAAUACAUUAGCAAAGCAGUCCAGAAGAGACAGCUAGAUAGUUAAAUGCUAAGAGAAGCAUCUAUAAAGUACUACAGUGAUCAAUGAAACAUCUGUACACUUUUCUUUAUAGUUGCACAAAGGCAUGUUAGCUUGGACCAUUGACACAUAAUACAUUCCAAAUGUCACAUCACAAGUAUAACUGGUAUAUGACGAUAACUUUCAAAAAUGGUACCACUCCUAGCAAAAGCAGGGAUGGGGAACCUCUGGCCCUCCAGUUGUUCUUUGAACAUCCUUGAUCACUGGACAUGCUUGCUGGGACCCAUAGGAGACAGAGCCCAACCGCAUCCAGGUUCCCCAUGUCUGAGCUAAGGUGUUAAGAGGAAGAAACGCUGCAUGAAAAGACUUCAGGGUAGAAUUCAGGGACUAUUUGAAAGCAGGAUAAUCUCUUGACACAUUCACCACUAAGAUCCCAUUGCCUUUUUUAUCAAUUGUGUAUGCAAUAGUUGGAGAUGAUUGAACUGUUAUAACCUAUGUGGAUACCAUUUUAUAGCUGUUCCAAUUGACACAUGUUGGCUAAGUCACACAAAACCAAUUAUACGCUCGUAGGGGAGUUUUGGAUGCAAGUGUCAUGGCAAACGACAAACCCCAUUUGAAAUCAGGGAGGGUUUCUACAGUUCAAAGAAAUAAACGACAAAACAAUGAGUACUCUUGUGGUAUGCCUGAAGUAGCUCCUUGAAUCCCAGCUGUUGAUUCGUUUUUUCCUGCCCCUUGCCAUGCUUUCCUAGUAAAAUCAAGGAGGCUAUUCUAUAUCUCCCCCCUAUGUGUAGUUUUCUCUGUAAAGAAAUAAUGAUGAGAUGAUUUAGCUUUGUAUGCUGCAGGAGAUUGUGAUUUAGGGGUGUGAUUGUGUUCAACAGAUUGUGAUUCAAGGAACAAUUCGCAAAUAGAUUUCAACAUACAUAUUGUUACACACAGCAAAACACUUGUCCCAGUUAAGGAUAUCUAAUUUAUGGCAGAUUGACAGACAGACAUAGGCACAAAAUCCUGACUUUUGGAGCUCAGCAUGGUGGGCUUCUCAGAUGUUGACGGAUUUGUAAUUAUGGUGGCUAGUUGGACACCAUCUGUAUUUCUAAUUUCAACUCGUUGGGCGUGCUGGGUCUGCUUGUUGAAUUCCUCUGAACCACACGAUUCAUUUUUUGCCCAUGCCUCUCCCUUGUCUUCUGGUCCAAUGCUUUGUCUGUCUGAGCUCUCUCUUCUUCUGCGGCACCAUAGACGCAAGCAACCAUAGACAAAGAUGCCAGCAAUGAUGAGAAGCAAGACCGUGCUGGUUAGCCAUAUGCCCACGGCCAGGUCUUUCUUUUUGUUGCUUGUGGAUGCCGGGUCUUGUUCAGGGGUGUUAAAAAUUCUGCACUGGUCACUGGAUGGGUUUGCCGACUGGCACGUCACACACAGAAUGUAAGUUGUUAAUGGGAUCAGAUUCUCGAUGACAAAUGAAGAACGGCUAGCUGGGACUCUCUCCUCUUUCUGAAAGUGUUUCCUGGUGUAUCCUGACAGCAUUUUGUCCCAGUUUGGAUUGUACAUGAUGCUGUAAAAGCUGUCUGUGCAGGUCGCCAUUUUGGGCCAGAUUACUAGGGCUGUGCUUCCUGUUAUGUUUUGUACUGUUAUCCCCAUUGUGAUACCGUCUUCUCAAUAUUUCACUUCCACAAAGAGCGAUAAUCCUUAAGAUUCAGGAGACCAAAAAGUUUCAAUAAGCAGAGUUGAGAGGAAAAUGAGAACUGCACUUCUGGAAUUUAAGGGUGGGUUGGGGAAUAAUUAUUUGAAAACAUUACUUGUAUUCCUGAAAGCAUUUUCAGACAGUAAGCUGAAUUUAAUUUAUAAUAAAAUGUAGUCAAAUGAGACAAGCAUGUGUCAUUCAGGCAUUUACUUACUACACCACUCUUCCUUUAAAAAACAAAACAAACUCAGAGAGGCUUACACGAAGCUCCUAGUGGCCUUCCAUCCACGCACCAGUCAAUUUUUUUAAAAAAAAAUUAAGCUACAGAACUGGAUAAAACCAGGCUUUUUAGAUACUUGCUUCAAAUCACUUAAUCCUGUUGGAGUCAUAAGACAUAAUUUGAAGUGCAUUUCCUAUUUAGUUGGAAAUCAAGUUUCUUAAGUGGAAUUAUUUCAAAGUCAUGGAAUCUUAGUACAGUGGUACCUCUGAUUAUGAACUGAAUUCGUUCUGGAGGUCCGUUCUUAACCCGAAAUCAUUCUUAACCCGAGGUACCACUUUAGCUAAUGGGGUCUCCUCCUGCUGCUGCUGCUGCUGCGCCAUUGGCGCACAAUUUCUGUUCUCAUCCUGAGGUAAAGUUCUUAACCCAAGGUACUACUUCCGGGUUAGUGGAGUCUGUAACCCGAAGUGUUUGUCACCCGAGAUGUUUGUAACCCGAGGUACCACUGUACCUAUAUUUUAAUGAUGUUUCAUUGGGCAUCUAAUCAAAUUAGCCAUUGGUGUGCUUCAUUUUCCAUUCUUGCCUAUCGCUUCCAAGCCAAGACAGUGAAAAACCUAUGAUGCAAAAUGAAGCUUUUGAUUGAUACAAAAUACCAUCGAAUCCAAUUUUGUCAGGGAACAGAUCUCGUGUUCAAAGAGAAAAGCUUGCUGUCCCACAUUACUUAUGCCUUUGAAAUUUAUAGCCAUAUUGACUUCUUUAUUAGUUACCCUCUGUAUAAGGUGAUAGUGUAGAAUUUGCUAAAAUACCACUCUGCCAUUCACACACCCUUUAAAAUUGCUAUAACCAUUCCAGGUUGACUUGAAAGAUGUGAAUUGCACUUCAGAUAUAAAGGAUUUAGCUUUCAGAGAAAGGGCUAAGUUGUGAGAACAAACAGUAACUUCUUUCAGGUGGUUUACACUGCCUUUUAAUGCUGUAUUGUUUUUAACACUCGAUUGGGAGCUGCCCAAAGUGGCUGAGGAAACUCAGCCAGAUGGGCAGGGUAUAAAUUAUUAUUAUUAUUAUUAUUAUUAUUAUUAUUAUUUUCCCUGCACACUUUUCUCCAACUAUGCCCAUGCAUGUGAAAGUAUUGUGCAACUUGACUCUGUAUUUAAGCAUUGCAUAUUAGUCAUCUUUUAAGUAAAUGUGACAAGGUAUUGUUCAUUACUAAUAAUAUUCAAGUAAUAACUCAAGUAUUUCAUGCAGAAUUACUCAGUCACAGAAAGGAAUCAGUUUUGCAUCAACAUAUUGAAUUAUAUAUUUAGGCUAAUACAUGGGGUCCCCCCCUUGAAAUUGGUUAAAAAUAUUAUUGCCUAUAGUUGACAUUUAAGACAAUCAUUUGGGACCUGUUUUUCUUUCCAGUUUGUGUAUAAAAUUGCUGCAUAAAAGACCUCACCAAUAAGUUUGUGUUGCAUCACUAAUUGCUAAAUAGUAUUAAAGGAUUGUUAUAUUUGUUGAUGUUGUAGGGUUAAGUGGGAAACAUACCUUAUUUAGGUUCAGUACUAGACCAUAGCAAAAUCAAAUUUUAAUUAUAUUAAAACAACACACCCCCCCUUUUAAAGAAAAACACCUAAGUCUCCUGAGAAUUAAUUUCUCAAAAACUCUCCUUCAGAGUUUGUAAGUUUUAGGUUCUUAGGAGAAAUAUAAUUGUGUUUUUGUUUUGCUCCAAGCUGAGAUAAACAAAAGUAGAACAUUUUAUUUUUUUAAAAAAAAUUAUAACACUUGAUUUUCAAUAAAGUCAAACCAAACCCUGAGAACUAGAAGCUCAUUUUCUCUUAUUUUCAUGAACUUAACAGUAAUGGCAAACCUGCUGAGAUGCACCACUGUAUUGAACAGACAUAAAUUAUUAUAGGAGAGGUGCAUCACAAUGUAGAAAUGAUUCUGUAUUUUAUUAUUUUUACCAGAUACAACAUUAUUUUAAAGCUGUAAAUGUACAUUUAUUCUUCUGUUUAAUAUUGCAUAGUUGAGCUGCUGUGCCUUUUAAUAGGUUAGAGUAAGUGUGUGAUUUGAGGCUUCUACCUCUUAUCUGUGUAGUCUUCAAACAAAACAGUCUCUCACUCCCUCUUUCUCAUAUUCAUUCAUAUAUAUAUAUAUUCUAUACACAAACUCACUCCAUCCCUCUUGCAUAUUCACAUACAUAUAAGUUAAAGGCUUUCUUUACUGACUUGCUGAGGGAGAGUGCCCUAUGUUACUUUAUCCAGUUUUAAGAGUCCAUACUUACCAUCAGUGUAAAAAUCCUGAGGCUUUCAUCAAAUACUUGAGGGGAAACCUCCGCUGGGUUCUCAGUAUCCUCCUUGGAGCAAAUAGCUUUCUUCAUGGUCCGUGGUUGCCAGUUUCCCCCCUAGCAGGCUACAUGGACUAAGUUCUCGUUACGUGACACUUCGACAGGGAUGCGAGCAAUGAGACCUCCUUCGUCACCUUUCUGCCAACCUUCAUACGCAAGGGCAUCUUGUCUUAAGUGUUCUGUUGCCUAGGUUUUCCGAGGAGAAAAGCAAGUCUUCACUUUCUCUUGCUUUUGCUCCCUGUUAGAAAUUGGGCAGCUGGAGUGCUCCAGUUAGGUUCUUCUUUUGUGUUGCCUGGGCUUGCGUUGCUGCUGAUGCAAGUGAAUAAUGCUCUGUUCUUCGGUGACAUCACUACUUAAACUCCUGGGCUUGGGGAGGAGGGGGCGUAGCUUUAGGAAGAGCAUUUUGACUUCCUUACCUUGACGCAGCUUCUGUCAGAUUGCUGCUAUUAAUUUGUCUUCUGUAUCUCUAGAUUAUAUGAGAGAAAGCAGUUUCUCUCAGGUUUGGCUAACAUAUACACAUCAACAUUACGCAUUAGAUCUGUUACGUGUACAUAGCAUUUCUUGUAUAACAUAACAUCUCUCUUUUUUUUUCUCUUCAAAGUUAUAACAAAACAUAUUUUCCAAAAACAUAUCCUUAUUCCCUCCCCAUUUUUCCUCCCCCCUCCCCCCACCCCACCCCCCCAGCUUCCCUUUGGUUUCUCCAAUAAUGCUAUUUUCUGCAUGUUACAGAGUUGUAUAGAUCCUCCAACUGUUUAGCUAAUUAAUAUCAGUUAAAAAAAAAAAUUGUGGAUGUUUAUUCAAAACCUGCCAAGGAGUCCAGUUCGCUUUGUUGCGUCUUCAAAUACUUUGUGAAAGGUUCCCAUUCAUCCUUAAAGUCACAGUUAUCCUUGUCCCGUAGCGUAUGAGUCAAUUUUGCCAGUUCUGCAUAAUCCAUCAAUUUUUCUUGCCAUAAUUCUUUAGUUGGGAUUUCUUCAGUCUUCCAUCCUUGUGCUAUCAGAACUCUUGCGGCCGUUGUCGCAUACAUGAAGAUGUUUUUCAACUUUUUUGGCAGGUCUUUCCCUACGAUCCCCAACAAAAAUACCUCGGGGUUUUUAACAAAUGUUAGAUGGAACAUUUUCUUCAGUUCAUUGUAUAUCAUUUCCCAAAAUUUUUUAAUUACCUUACAAUCCCACCACAUAUGAUAAAAUGUUCCCUCCUUUUCCUUACACUUCCAACAUAUGUUUGAACUAGUCGUGCCACUACUUCCUUCUAGAGCUUUUCUGUUGUACUAUAGAUCGUGUGUGUUUGUAUGUUUCUGUAAAAACACACACAUAUGCACAUGUACUAACAUAUAUACAGUAUGUAAAAGGGGGAAAAUAGAAUUUAAUCCAUGUAGCUGUGCAUCCACUUCCAGCUAUUUUUUCAGAAUCAUAUUUGCAGCUAUUGGGGGGGGGGGAUUCAAAGCCUUCAAUGCAAAUAUAAAAAUAGGAAUCUCAUUUAAAAACCAGAGUUGCUGCAUUUUUUUUUUCCAUCCUCCAACACCAAGGUUGGAAAUGCGGAAAGAAGGGGGGAAAUUAUGUUUUAGAGCCAACUGCAUAUUCCAAAUGUAAUUAGAAGACCUAAUCUUGUAAUUAGAUCUAGAAGCAAUGUAGCUUUGUAAGAUCCCUUCAUAAACUAUCUUUCUGUGUGUAGAUAUAUACUGCAGCACUCAGGAAUGUGCUAUAUUCCAGCAAGCAUUCAUUUGUAGCUUGAUAUUUCAAUAAAAUAUUAUCCAUCAACAGGAUUUAAUUUUACCCGGAAUUCUUUUGUGCAUAGAUUUCGAUAAUCUACCAUUCAGUAGCAGCUGUAGCUCCCAAUUAAGUAUGAAUUGCUUCUAACGUAAUUGUUUUACACAGCACAGGGUUACAGGUGCACUUUGGGAGGAUAUAUAUAUUUUAGUUUCUUCCAUACAUAUCCCACCAAGCCAGCAUACAUGUGGUUCCCAAGCAGUGACCUAUAGCUCUCUUCUCUUAGGCCUCAAUUUCCAGGAUUCUCUGCUUAAUUCUAUAUUUCAAGUAAAUAGAGACAUCUACCAAAAACACCUAACAUUAAGCCUGGAACAGGUCAUAACACUUUUCACUAAACUUUACUAAGAUUUCCUUUAGCUACAGGUGUAUUUUCUUCCUGUUCAUAUUAGCAAAUUUAAAUUGUCCUAGGGUUGCUCAACUACCGCAGUUUGGUAAUUUCAAAACAAUGUGAUAUUUUUCCAGUUAACAAAGGGGAGGUUAGUGCAAGGUUUUGACUUUUUGUUUAAGAAUAUGUUUGAAAAUUCUUUUGUCAGAAUUCUGUUUUUUUAUGUCAGUUAAAUGCUUUAAAAUAACUUCAGCAUAUUCUGGUUUGUUUGUUUGUUUGUUUGUUGGAAGAAUUGUGUGUUACCUUUUUAAUAGGUGAGAGUAGAAUGAAAAGCUGAUACUUUUUCUUCAGUUUUGAAUGAAAAUGUUUGAUCAGAAAAAUAAUGUUGUUUCCCAUGGAAGGAUCUCUUAACAGGGAGAAAGGUCAGCCAACUACAAUUGUGUGUGUUUUUCUUCCUCUUUAGGCUUUGAAUCUGGCCUACUCCAGUAUUUAUAGCAAUUACAGGAAUUUUGUUGGCCCUCCCCAUUUCAAAGUCAUCUGCAGACUCCUGGGAUACCAAGGCAUUGCUGUGGUAAUGGAAGAGUUACUGAAAGUCGUCAAGAGCCUGGUACGUUGUCCCACACGCUGUUCUUCAUUUCAGUAUUGAUUUUUAAGGGAAGGGGAAUUGAUUCUUCUUGUUUAGUUCACUGAGCAUCCAGCAGACAUUUACCUGACUGGGUAAGCACAAGAUAACCAUACGUGCUUCUUGAGGUACAAAGGAGAAUAGUUUGAGAACAGCAAAUAACUGCGGGGGGGGGGGAGCCUUGUGUGUGAAGAGACACGCCUGAUGUGUCUGAUACUUGAAAGCAUCGUCACACAUUUUAAAAUUUAAAUGAACCUUGUGAGUGCCUUGCAUGAAACAAAUUCUUGUUUUUGAGGAGAGAGAAAAAGAAAUGGAGCGUGUCUGUGUGAGAGAGACUCUCUAGUACUUAAAAUGAUUAGGAAAUGAACAGACAUUAAAAUCUUGCUACGUAAAACUCCUUGGCUUGCACAGUUCUGCCUACGACGACAAAGUACAGUGAUACCUCUGGUUGUGAACGGGAUGAUCCAUUCCGGAGGCCUGUUCGCAACAUGAAAAGCCCGCAACCUGAAGCACCGUAUCUGUGCAGGUACGCGGUGCGAUUUGGCACUUGUGCGCAUGCGCGAAGGGCAAUUUGGCGCUUCUGCGCAUGCGCGAGCGGCGAAACCCAGAAGUAACCCUUUCCGGUACUUCCAGGUCGCUGCGGGACGCAAUCUGAAAAAAUAUAUCAUGAAGCAAACGUAACAUGAGGUAUGGCUGUAUUUUGAAUCUGGCCCAGACUUAUCUUAAAUUAGGCUUAAAAUGCUCCAUAUUCAUUCAUACCCCCAUGUGGCAGUUUGCCUUACAAAAAAAAAUAAAAAAAUCACAUUCACCACCAUUGGGACCUUUUUUCCCUAAGCCUACGGGAGAGAGAGAAGGCAUGGAGAAGCUUAAAUGAUGGUAGUGUAGGAAUGUAUGUGACUGGGAUGUCCUUCCUUGCCCAUUUCUGCCUUCCAUCUACCACUGUUAUGGAGCCUCAACUACUUUCCCUUGUGGGAAUGCAGACUUCAGCUUAAGAGAAGUUUCCCCAGCCCUCUCCUAAGUCUUGUGUUGGAGCCAGAAGAUUUUCAGAACCUCUGUUUGUUUUAUAAUGAACAUCUUUAGGUGCAUAAGGGAAGUACAAAUCAGCAGAUGAUAACCAGUGGCAUUAAAUUAAAAAUGCCCCAGUUUUCACAUCUCUCAGUUGCUGAUUACUCUCCCCACCCCACCCCGCCUUACUGGUUAAAGCAACAGCUAGAAGUCUUAUUCUCUCUUUCUCCUUUCAAGCCUUUGUGACCAUUGUUCCCGGCAGUUAAUUAUAUAGUAGGCAAAACAGGAGAAGCUAUCCAUUAGUGCAUAUCAGAUUGACUUUAGUUAGUCUUCAGACCUGAAGGCAAAACAAGUGGUUGGCGUACUAGGAAGACCCUUCGCUGCAAAAUUAAAGCUCUUGGGUAUGAAUCACAUUUCAUAAACAGACGAGAUUAAAAAUUGGUCUCCGUGAAACCAAGAAACACCCGCACACCCUUGUACUGUUUGUCUAGAAUGGCUCCAGGCUAAUAUAAAACUAAUAUAAAACUACUGGUUAUUUCUGGGUUUUGCCUUUACAGGGAAACAUUGGGUCUUCUUGUGCACGGGAGUUUCCGCACUCCUUCUCUCUCACUGCAGCCCCAUGCACACAAUCCAAGAUGCUUCUCCUGGUAGUGAGAGGGUAGACUUGGUGAAAGUUAGGGCAAGGCACUGUGCAAGAAGUAGCUUGAGCAAAGCUGCUUUUGCCUGUUUUGGGUUAUUCUCCCACACACACACCAUAAACACCACAUUUGAGGUCUUUCCUGGUGAUCCCCAAACCAUAGAAGAGCCUCUAAAUGGGCUUUUCAAAUAUUUAGUAUGUAUUUCAGAGGUGGAGAAUAUUUUUGGUUCCUUAGGCCAGAUUCUUACCAGCAUUCACUUUGUGGACCAAAUUAAACUGUUGAGUGGGGUUGCCUACCUUUCAAGCAUAUUAUGCAGUUAUGAUGUCACGUGAUUGACAGGUGGACAUUGCUACCCACCUUUCAAAAUCCCUCAUACUGGUUUUCCAAGUUCUCAACAGCUAGGUGGUUGUCAGAUGUUUGGGAACAUGCUGUAGCUUCAAGGCCCUUCUGCUGCGUACAAAGCACUUUAGGACAGCCUCCGCACUCCCCUUUGAGCCUUCUGUAAGCCCUUUACAAAAGCGCUCUUUGAAGGACCUGCCCCCUCCUUCUCCUUUAACUAUAGGAAUGAGCAGGCAGGCAGCAGGUGGUAUGGGGCCGGGGGUGAGGCAGAGGAGAAAAGGGGCUGCAUUUACGAUUUGGAGUAGUAAUACUCCAGCUUGUGUUUAUUGUGUGUCACAGCCUGACUUCUGUUUUUCUUCAGCGAUACUAAUCACCUGUGUUCUUGCAGCUCCAAGGCACCAUUCUGCAAUAUGUGAAGACGUUAAUGGAAGUGAUGCCGAAAAUCUGUAGGUUACCCAGACAUGAGUACGGCUCCCCGGGUAAGUUACCUUUUAGAUCAUGUCAUUCCAAUGUUAAGAGCCAGUUUUGUUCCUUGGCUUUAGAACAUUAUUUAACAAACAGUUUAGAGAGGCAAACAGUACUGAACAAUUUUGUUCUCACAUUGUCGUGCAGUGCGUUUCCAUAUUUUCUCAAAAUACAUUCUGUGGGUAUGAGAGCAGGGCCAUCUUUGGGGUGGUGGCAAAUAGGGGAUACAACCCUGGACCCCUCGCCUCGUGCCAGUGGUCACAGUCAAUGCCCGACUGCCAUCCAUCUAGCAAUGCUUCCCAACUCCCCCCUUCCUAUAGCAUGGCAGGAGGCGGAAGGAACUCACUGACAAUGCUACCUUUAAACAUCAGAAAAAUAAAAAGUGUAAGCCACAGGUAGGGGGGUGGGUUCACUGCUGCUAAAGCACCAGCAAAACAAUGGGCAGUAUCCAACUAGACAGUUCUGCCAGAGCAAGGUUUUUUGUUGUUGUUACUGUGCAAUAGAACCUUCCCACCCUCUAUUCUCUUCCACUGCACAGCUAAAAGCCCUUAUGUCAAUAGAACUAUUUAGUUGGAUAACACCCAAAGACAACAAAAAGUAAGAUGUGGGGAGGAGGGCUCAAUAACACCACCUUUGCCAAUGAUAGCAGAGGAAGCAGAGCGAUUAAGGCUACACGAUGUGAUUUGCUCCAGGCCCUGUACCCCCAUAGGGACAGGGUGCCCCAUAAAUCAACAUUUAUUUGGAACACUGAGAUCUCAUCCACCCUGCAAUAAAUGCGAUACUUGCAGGGAAAUAUUAGGCUCUUGAUUUCCAACAAAGCCUUUCCCUGCUCACCCAGCAGUCAGCCUUUUGUGGCCUUCCUGCACCUUUAUAACACCUUUCAGCCGCAGCUGCCACUCCCAUGUGCUCCCUGCAUGCACUAUUAUUCUGGCCAACUCCACAAGCCUACCUGUCCCCUUAGAGCAGCGGUUCUAAACCUUUGGGUCUCCAGAUGUUGUUGGACUACAACUCCCAUCAUCCCUGAGCUCUGGCCUUGUUAGCUAGGAGUGAUGGGAGUUGUAGUUCAACAACAUCUGGGGACCCACAGGUUGAGAAAGGCUGCCUUAGAGCAACGUUAAGCUCUCCCCUGCCUCGCCCCCUUAACACAACCCUUGGCUCUCUUUGUAUCUCCUCUGCCCCUUUUCUUCACCUGUCUAGCCCUCUCUCAGGUCUCUCCUUCACAGUCCACUACAUACUUAGGGCUGGUUCCCACCCAAGGCUCCCAAGUGUGGAGAGCACCUGCAAACAUUCUUGCUUAUUUCUUGUCUUCUUGUGUGGAUGUGGGAGACAAGGCAUUGCAGAUGCCGACAACGUAUGUGCUUAUCUUUGACUUCUGGAACAUUGAUGUGUUGUUCAAAGCUUGUUGUAUUCAGUAGGUGUUUUAGCUCUUUAAUACAAAUGGCCCUGGUAAGGGCAGCUGCUCCUGGGAUGCCACUUCAGAAGAAUUAUCACUGAUGAGCCAUUGUUGUUUGACUGCGAUUUUGAGAUUUAUUCUCUUCUCUGAGCCUAACCUCUGCAAUUUCAGCAUGACUGAAUCAUUGCCCUUUGUUCCUUGCUUUGAGUAUGUUUUCUCCUCCUCCCUCUUACUUCCUAGCUCCUCGUAUUACUGAGCCUUAUUAGAGCUCCUUUUGACUUGGAUUUAACUUCUUAUUAGGUGCUUGACUCCUGUUAGCAAGACUGAACAUAAGUCAAAGAGGCUCUGAGUUGUUGAACCCUGUGGUUCUCCUUUCGAGCUGAUUUACUGCCUCAUUAGCCAUUGUUAAAAAGUGUGAGGGGUUCACUCGCCGGCUACCUUAAAAUCAGGCAAUGGAAUUUUUAUACAAAAGUCACACUUGUUUUAGUAAGUAUUAUGGGUAGUCAGUUAAAUAGAAAUAAAACUCUGUACUCCUAUCCCACACCCAGCAGAAAGAACAUUGAUUGCGGCUUAUAUUCGGGCCAUUACGGUAACUCUCGCCUAGCUUCACUUCACCCUCUAGCAGAAUCAGGAGGCAUCAAAUUUCUAAAAUUGUUUAUUAUUAUUAUUACUAUUAUUAUUAUUAGCCUUCUGGGUAUCAAAAUUGACUCCUUGGUAUCGUAGUUGUUUUUUAUCCAGCUGUCUCCUGUGAUGUGUUUUCAUACAUACCCUAAUUUUUCUAAGAUGUUAAUCCUCGGACAAAUACUCUUUUAGCCAAACCCAUCUACCUUACAGCUCAUGCAUGCCUUGUAGUUCAAAGGAAGGUGAAAGUCACCAGCUAACCCACAACUGAAGUUUAAACCAACUUCAGGUCAUGGUUUGGCAGAUCAUGAAUGAGCAGCUAUGAGAAUCUUGAGAUUGUGUGCUUUCUGCUACCUGUAUGGGAAGGAGAAGUAGACGUUUCUGGUUUGAAGGAGCAUCUGAAUACAAUCUAAGUGUUGAGUACACACCCAAUUUUUAGCCAUCUCCAGUAUCUUGGAGAACAGGUAGCUCCUAAACUGUCAUAUGGAAAAAUAAAUGUAUUCUUAGGCGUAAUUCCUAUUAUAACUAAUGCAUGCUUACUGAGUGUACAGAGGGUUAUCAAGAUUGUCCCCUAACUUUUGGAUAUUUUUUGUAAAUGUUGCACUAGCACAUAUAUUUUAACACACUGAUUAUGUAUGAUCCUAAGCCCAUGAAAUUGGAGGUAAAGAUUGCACAAGCUUCAAAAAUUGCCAAAAAAACACUUGUUGUUGUUGUCAUUUAGUCGUGUCUGACUCUUUAUGACCCCAUGGACCAGAGCACGCCAGGCACUCCUGUCUUCCACUGCCUCCCGCAGUUUGGUUAAACUCAUGUUAGUAGCUUCGAGAACACUGUUCAACCAUCUCGUCCUCUGUCAUCCCCUUCUUUCCCAGCAUCAGGGUCUUUUCCAGGGAGUCUUCUCUUCUCAUGAGGUGGCCAAAGUAUUGGAGCCUCAGCUUCAGGAUCUGUCCUUCUAGUGAGCACUUAUGUCAAAAAAACCCAACCAAACAAAAAAACUUAUGUAAAGGUAUAAAAUCUUAUAAUUAGACAUGAUUUGUUUCCUUACCACAGAAGUUUGUACACAUGCUUAUUUGCACACAUCCUACACGUGUACAGAGCUUUUAUGUGUCCUCUACCUUCAGAGCUCCUGUGUAUGACCUACCCAAUAUUCCAUAAGGAUUGGGUGACCUUUGUUGUUGAGUGAAGCCCCGUACAGCCUAUAGCAGUGGUUCCUAUUUAACUAAGCACUGUGGAGCCCCUGUUUUUCAAAACGUUUUUGAAAACGUUGAUAUCUCUCUGGUAGUUUUUGUCCUUUGAAUGGUUCCACCAUACCCACCAACGUGUACUAGCGCAAAACCAGGACAUUCAUCUUCCGGGCUGUGCUUCACAAGUCAUGUGACCCAUGCAUGAUAGCACGGUCCUCCAAGACAGGAAUAUCCCUGAUGAGUAUGUGCCAUGGGCCCCCUGGAUGGGUUACGCGUACCCCUAUGGGGUUUGCGGACUACUAAUUAGGAACCACUGGCCUAUGGAGUUGUCAAAUACAGUAUUUUUGUCCCUGUUGAAAAUUGCCCUAAUGAGAGUGUUGAUCAAAAUGUAUGCUUGGAAGAUGCUAAUUUUCUGUGAAUUUUUACUUUUACUUCCUGGUGCACAAAUUCAUUGGGGUGUUUAUUUAUCUCGCUUUCCACAAUCUCUGUCUCUCCUCAUCUUAUGUCUCAGGUAUUCUGGAAUUCUUCCAUCACCAGCUGAAGGAUAUUGUUGAGUAUGCAGAACUGAAAACUGUCUGUUUCCAGAAUCUGCGGGAAGUGGGAAACGCUAUCCUUUUCUGCCUCCUCAUUGAACAGAGCUUGGUAAGCUGGUGAUUUGCAUCUAUAUUCACUUUCAAAUACUGUCUGAUAUUUUACUUGUUUUCAGGUGACACAAGUUCAGCUGUAAGUUUCAAGUCAACUUUCCAGUCCUUUAAAGAUUUAUUUCUUUGGAAAUAACUUUUUGAGGCGGAGUCAGGGAAAGAAUUCAUUAUGCGAAUUAAGAUCCAUAAUUACAGAAACAGUAGACUUUUUAUUUCCUUCCUUUAUUUUUAUACUUGUAAAGAAAUGUUGUGUUCUUCUGAUGCCAUCUGGUGUCCAGAUUAGGAAAGGUAACUGCAGCUUUUUGUAAAAAAUAAAUAAAUUAUUUAUUUAUUUAUUUUUUAAAAGGGCAUGCUGGCAACUCCAUCUCUUUUCAUUCAGCCUAACAAUUCAACCCUGGCACCAAAAGCUGUGGAACUUGGCUUCAAUAGAGAAAAUAACAUGUUACUUAAGAACAGGGUAGUUUUUCCACCUUUGGUCCCCACCCUGCACUCAGGUCUCACCUGUGGCUCAAUAUGAAACAGCGGCCGCCCUGGGAAACAGCUGUGACUGAUGAGCUAAACCAAGGGAGGGUAACCAAUGGGUCUCAAACCCUUGAGGUUGUGAAGACAGGCUCCGCUGGAUUGAGCGGGUCCAAUGGUCCAGAAGGCAGUUUCUGCACAUGCUGUAGAGGGAAGUGAGGGGCAGAUGAGGCUCAUCAACCUAGGAAGGUAGCCUAUCUAGGAGAAGGAAAACUGAUCCUAAAGCUCUGCCUUACAGGAUAACUUCCGUAGAACAAAAGGCUAAGGAGCAAACCCUACACAAAUGUUAAGUAGAGUCCCUAAGACGGUUGGUUGGCAUCUUGUAUGCCUCCUUCCAGCCACUCUGACAGCCAAGCUGGUGCCAAACACAUUGUGCUCUCCUUUCCUUUGGACCACAUCAGCGAGGCUGAGAUGGAGGCUCUUGUGGUCUGGGCAGCCCAGGACCUCCAUCCACACUGCCCAGGCCUGCGCCCCAGGAAGGUCACUUUGGUGCUGCUAACGUUGACUUCAUCCUCGGAAGCACACUCCAUUGUCUCUCGAGGCAGACAGAUGCCAACUUUUAAGGGACCGUUAAGCCAUAGUCUCAUUGCAUAAAACUUUGCAAGACUAUUUCCUUUAUUGGUAAUGAUUAUAUGGAGUUGCAGGUGCCAGACAGCUAUACCUGCCUUUGGGACUCAUAAACAUUUCCCCCCAGAGACAGUGGAGAAGAUAGUCAUAACGGGACCAAGAGAAACAGGAAAAACAUUUUUUAGUUCACUUAAUCCUCUUGCUGACGCUUCUUCAGAUGCAAGUCAGCGUUUAACAGUAGCUGUUAACUAAUUUGGUUUUUUGUACACUUGGCACUUGAGCGUAUAUUUUUGGAACUAUUUGCCCAAUUAGCCAAAUGUGACCAACCCUGGUUUUGGCCUAGAACUAAUGUGGGUGGUGUGUUUUUUGUGUGUGUAAGGUAUAGAAAUAUAAGAAGAAGGGGUGAUGGGUACAGAUCAGUUCCAUUUAAGUUAUGAUGUGUGGUGUAUGCGUGUUCUCUUAUACUGAGGGUGAGAACUGAAGUCAAAUUCCAGAAAUGAGCCCUGAUGCUGCCUUGUAAAUUGACACUUUGCUUUCAUUUUGCCUGGCUGCCUUGUGCAUUUGGAGAGGAAAAACAAAGCAGUUUGCAUUGCCAAAGCGUGCUAAUUUUCUGAGCUUGUUUCAUCACUGAAUUACCUAGGUUACGGAAAUUGCUUCAGAAUGGUCAGUGCGCUUACUUGACCAGGUCUUUGAAUUGCUGCUCUUGCGGGAACUAUCCUUGGGAGAUAAUGGAUUAUGGAAAUAAUGCUGAUAAAAAUAAAAGCAUGAGUCACUGCUUGGUUCACAUCUCUCCGUCUACCACUUGAACAUUGUGUUAGGCUUUUUGAUAGAGAAUGCUAAUAAAUUUUCUAAUUCUGCCUGUAGAAUAGGCUCUCUGUUUUAACAGGAAGGUGCAGCUUUAUUAAGAGUCUUGUGGACUGAAACCAAUGUGACGUAGAAAAUCCAAGAUUCGAUUUUGCAUUAACACACACACACACACACACACACACACACACACACUCACCAUGCACAAGCCUUAAUUGGUGUAAGAGGGUUUUUGUUUUAAACCCAUUUCCUCUGUACUAUUUGCCUAAUGUAAAUCUGCCAUAGUACUAAUAUCUUGAGAGCUGGAAAAUGGCAUGGGGGGGAAUUUUUAUCCCACCUGGUGUUGUUCCUCCCUUGCUUUUGAGUUUGAAGCAGAAUCUAGAAAUCCAAUCCCAGAUCUGCCACGUCGCAUCUGUUUCAGCCCAAGGCAACCUCUUGCAAUUACAUUUUGCAAGAGGCCAAGGCGACAUGCACUGCUUCUGAAAAGUGCUUAGCUGGCUGAACUGGUGCCGUCAAAUGCUGCUGGUGUGUUGUGUUUUCAAUGAGUUUUGUCCGCUUUGUUGCAGUCACUGGAGGAAGUGUGUGAUCUGUUGCAUGCUGCACCAUUCCAGAAUAUUUUGCCAAGAGUUCAUGUCAAAGGUAUGUCUCCUUAUACUGACCUGUCAACCUGAAUGCGCUGACCAAGGGUUCCAUAAUCUUCCUGAUGGUGCUGCUUGCUUGGGACUGCAAAAACUGGCAGUGGGGGAAUAAUGGACCAUGACACAUGUCUGCCAUUGGUGGUUUGGCAAGUUACAAAUUGGGUAGGCCACCUGUGAUGCUUGGAGAGUAAGCAGGUUGAGCCAUGAAGCCUGAGGAGUAGGGAGGCCGUUUCCUACACUGAAAUCAUUGGGAUGAAAAACACGUUGUGAAAAGUGUUGCUUGUGUAACUUGGAGUACUUGCUGCUUGGGAGGGUUUGUUUCCUGCGCAAUGCAGUAUUUCUCCACCACUUCCUGUUGCCAGCAGCACAUAUUUCCCGCUGCCUCCUCACCCACCAACAGCUUUCUCACUAGUUUGCCAACUGAAGUCAAGCAGUCCCCCACCUGCCUUUCUUAAAAGCAGACAAACUUGUCAUCUCAAUAGACAGCCAAGGAAUUGGCCAGCAUCACUGCCAGUUCAGUUCGCUCACUUGCUGCAAAACAUUUCCUCGUCGCAAAUGAUGUGUGAGCCAAUGCCUUUUGAAAACUUUGAAAAUCAGUUCCUCUAUACAUAAAAUUCCAUUCCCUGGAGUCUGGAAUUUUGUGUUUGAUAAGAUUUAUCUUAAUGGAUUUUAAUGUGUGUGGGAAGAAAAGUAUGUUGGAACACAAUAGCUUUAUUUUGGGAGUCAAGUAAGCAGCUCCCACUGCGAGUGUCCUGCUGUUGAUUUCUUUUCAAUUAAAGGAAACUAUGGCAGAGGAACCAUUUUGAUCCUCAGAUCUUUCCUUUAAGUGCUAGGUUCUUUAUGACUCUUGUUUUAUGUUUUCUUUGUACUGUAUUUUAUUGUCCUCUUAUCGGUAGGCCUUUUUGGUUCCUAUCCUCCUUGAGUGUGUAAUGCGGAAAAUUAUGGGAUUUUUAAAAAGCAAUACAAUGAAUGCAUAACCAUUAUUGGAACAAUGCUAAGGUGUUUCUCUUUUAAGCACUACUUGCCUUUAAAAAAACAAAAUAAUGUUGUCUCAUUCCAGAGGGUGAAAGACUGGAUGCUAAAAUGAAGAGACUAGAAUCAAAGUAUGCUCCACUCCACCUCGUUCCACUGAUUGAAAGACUAGGAACACCUCAGGUACAGCUUUCAUUCUUUGGGCAGUAAAGCUGUAUUCUUCCCCCCCCCCCCCAAAAAAUAAAAUCCACAGUACAAGGGAAAAGAUGUCUGGGCAUCACUUGGUUUGCAGUUAGAGCUGCUGGAUAGAGCCACCAAGUGCAUUGCCAGUUGCUCAAUGCCUGGAGACAGGGUUACGGGGCCAUUGCAGUAAUUCUCCAGAGGUAAUUUUCUUCUUUACGUACUAUCAUGGUAUUCUCUUUGGUUGCAACUGUAGCAAAUUGCCAUCGCAAGAGAAGGAGACUUGUUGACCAAGGAGCGCCUCUGCUGUGGGCUGUCCAUGUUUGAAGUCAUCUUGACCAGGAUUCGAACCUUCCUUGAUGACCCAAUCUGGCGUGGGCCUCUCCCCAGCAACGGUGUGAUGCAUGUUGACGAAUGUGUGGAAUUCCACCGCUUGUGGAGCGCAAUGCAGUUUGUGUACUGCAUUCCUGUGGGGACUCAUGAGUUUACCGUUGAGUACGUAUCUUGAGUGCUUGCUUAAGGCCCCCAUAUAUAACGCUUGCUUAUUUCAGUAGCUAGGUGUGGGAUGUCACCAAGAAAACGAUGAGAUCGGUUUGGAAUUUUUGAUCACACGGCAAAUGGAAAGAGGGGAAAAGCCAAUCUGUAGUAUGAGUUUUACUAGGGAAGGAAUGCGAUGCGAGCACAGAGCUAAAGCCAUCCUGAAAUAUUAAAUGUGCAAUUUCAAUUCUUUUCGAUCAUUGUAGCACUCCCAACAUAGUUGCCUCAUGUACUCCUUGAAUGCCCUUUUCAGUAUGACCUUAGAAACAAUUGCAUCCGCCCACUGUUAAGAUCGCAGAAGGGAAGUGCCUUUCUUGCAAAGACCUGUUUUUUGUUGUUGUCUGAUGUAGAGAGGUAUAUAUCCUUUAGAACCAAAUUUCUCACCAAGGCUUUACAAAUUUGCCUAAUAAAACCUUAAAAGGGGGAAUGGGGGAAUGGGAAAUGAUUUAUCCUGUAAAGGUUGGGGAGUAGAAAUGUAAACCACGAUUAUUAGCAGUACUCUUGGUGUUAUUAUUUUUAUGGCUGCUCACUAAACAAAAUAAAUUGAACUGAACAUUAGUCACCAAAGUAGUACCCUAAUAUUAGCCUAUGGAAAUCUCAGGAAAUUGGCAGUGCUUUUAUUUAAAAAACCCAACUUGGGUUAGUUUUGUUUUAGUUUUUCAGCAGUUGUGUUCUUGCCAGUCACUGGCCUGUUCUUCAGAAUCAAGGGGAGAUGAGGAUGGUAAACUCAGGCAAAUGGGAUGGUAUACAGUUCUCCUUGCCAGUUAACACUCUAGCAUUGUAGCACUGCGAGGUAGCAAGUGUUUGGAUGAAUAAUCCCAUGUUGCCGCUUAUUUUAGACCUGUAAUAAUAAUUUCAUAAGAUGUCCCUCUGAACAACAUCUAGACCACUUAACGCUAGAAAUCUUAAUACAGUUCAGUGUUUUCAAAGUUCUGUGUUUCAUUUUGACUUGUCCUGGCGAAUCUAAAAAUAACGCUUUCUACACAUCUCCCUCCGUAGGCAGUGUUUCGGAGAUGGGUUGCACUGGGCUGGCUGUAUGAUAAUUGUGCUUUUGGGACAACAGCGUCGGUUUGACGUGCUGGAUUUCUGCUACCACUUACUGAAAGUACAGAAACACGACGGCAAAGAUGAGGUCAUAAAGAACGUGGUAAGUUGACAGAAGCAGUCUCCAUUUCUCAUUCUGCCUGUUUCUGCUUUUGACACCCUGGCAAUAUUUCUUUGUUUUCUUUUGAAUUUCCUGAGGCAUAAGUGUAGCCUGGCCUUCUCCUUAACUGUUGCUGUUUUGGUUCUGCAGCCUUUGAAGAAAAUGGUCGAGAGAAUCCGCAAGUUCCAGAUCCUGAACGAUGAGAUCAUUACUAUAUUGGACAAGUAUUUGAAAUCUGGUGACGGAGAAGGCACCCCUGUGGAGCACGUCCGCUGCUUCCAGCCUCCCAUUCAUCAGUCGCUGGCCAGUAACUAG